AUGUCGAUAUCAACUAUAUCGAUAUCGUCGGUGACGCUAUCUAUAUUGACGAUAACGAUAUCGUUAUCAUCAAUAUCGAUAUCGAUAACGUAAUGAUGUAAUAACGUAAUAAUAUGAGUAUAUGAGAAUGACAGGUGUCCAGCAAUGGGUGGGGUGGGGGUGAAGAAGCUCCAAGGGGGCGCUUGUUUCCCCCUCCCUUCCCGCACUGGCACCGCUGCCUCCUGCCCUUGGUGCUUACAGGUGGGAACGAGCACCAAAUACGGCGGACAACAACUCCCAGGAUCCACUUGCGCUGCCAAAGGCGAAAGAAGGAGGCGGUGGUGCCGCGGUGCCCUUCGGGAUCUGUAGUUCUCACGCCUUCCAAGGGAAUGCCCUGCCGUUAGGCGCCCUGCGGACGGCGCAGCGGGUGGGCUGGAGAACUACCGAUCCCGUCAGGCGUCGCGGCCCUUUUAGGCGGGAGCCAAUCGCGGGACGCUCCGCGGUCGCGCGGGUUGCGCGUCAUGCCUCGAGCGACAAGGACCAGGUGGCUCGGCUGGGCAUUCACGCGGAGGUCAGCGCUGCGCUGCGAGGUGAGAGUCGAGCGCGGGAGGCGAAGGGCCUUGGCACGCCAGCGCCCUUCGCGCCCCGAGCCCCGGGAGGCUUGGCAAACGGUGCUUGGCACGCCAGCGGCUGCAGAAAAGGAAGAGAAAGGGAGGGGAAGAUAGGGAAACGGAGCUGGAAGAGCGUGGAGGUUAAUUAGUGGCAGAAAGUAACGAGGUAAAGUAGGAAAGGGAGAAAGGUGCUGAGGAUAUUAUUAUUAUUAUUUUAUAUCUAUACCGCCCUUCACCCGAAGAUCACAGGGCGGUUUACAAUAGGAAAACACGAAAAUAUAUAGCAUAAUUUUAAUAAUAAUAAUAAUAAUUCACACACACCCUCCCCAAACACACACAGUUAAAAAGGCCCUAGGUUGUUUAAUUAGGCCUGGGAGAAGAGGAAUGCUUUUGCCUAGAGUUAAGUGGAAGGCGGCGAUUCCCCUGCCCUCCAUCUUUUUGGGGUUUUGAGCAGGAAAAGGAUGUGCAGUAUCUGUCAUAGAAUUGUAGAGCUUCAUUCAGUCCAACCCUUGCAGUGCAGGAAUCUUUUGCUUAACGUGGGUCCAGAACCCGCAACCCUGAGAUUAAGGAGUCUCGUGCUGCAGCAGCAGAGCUCUCAAAAUUGGUAAAAUUAAAAAGUAAGCAGCGGUAGAAUAUAGUGAUGGUGAGAGAGGGUGGGGGAUUGAGGGGAGAAGGAGGCGGGUAAUGCAAGGCUGGGAAAGGCAGUGGUCCCUGAAAAGGGGGAAAUAUGGGGUUGAGGUGAGAGACGAGUGUAGAAAAAGCGCAGGAAGCUUCUGUUCAAACUGUGUUCCAGAUGCCUUGGAGUGCAUUGCAAGCUGGGGGGGGCUGGGGGGGCUUAGAAUCAUAGGAUUGGAGAGAUGGAAAGUACCCUGGUGGUCAAAUCCAUCCCCCUGCAAUGGUAUCUUUUGGGAAGCUGUUUCGCUGAGUUGUCUAAUGCUGCUGCAUCUUUCCUUUAUGUUUAAGUAGGUGCGACUUUUUCGGCAGCACAGGAGGCGGAUUUGAGCUGACACCGAUGGCUACCAAGAUCUUUGAGACAAUCGGCAAACUUGGCCUGGGGCUGGCAGUUGCCGGCGGAGUCGUCAACUCUGCUCUUUAUAACGGUGAGGAGGCCUUUCCUUCCAUAACACUGAGCUGUUGCAUGACUGACUACUUUUGUUUAUCUGGAAUUAUUCAGGAGAGCCCAAAACAAACCACACCCUCUCAUGAUUUUUCCUAUGGAAUAAGAUGGGAGUCUACAGGAUCCUAUCCUUUCCCACAGGCUAUGUAGCAGUGAUUUUUAUAGAAAAUACGAGGGAUCUAGAUCCUCACCUGCAGUCGGAAAAUAAAAACAAGGCACAACAGUGGAUAUACAGAUACGGUAUUUCUCCUUAAUAUGGUCUACAGCAGCGGUAGCUAAAAUGGUGCCCUCCAGUUAUUGUUGGAUUCUGGCUCCCGUCAGCCCCAGCCAACAGAGGGAAUGGUCAGGGCUGAUGGAGUUGUAGUCCAGAAAGAUCUAGAAAGGAACCACCACGUUGGCUACCCCUGGUCUACUGGUGCGAUAGGAGACAUUCCCAAAUGCUUUGGCUGCAACCAGCCUAAUUCCCUAUCUUUCUUGUGGAUCACUUGCGUUUUGGUAGCCGUUGAGUUCAUCCAACUUAGGGCAGUGCUGCUGGCUUCACCUGGUUCUGUAAUUUUGUAGUGGGGAGAAGGAGGAAUGUGCUUAUUUAGUCCUAUUUACUAAUGGCAAACUCAUCUCUGAGCACCAGCCCUUAUCUCGCCAAAGUGGCAUGUUCCGCACACAAGAAAGGUGGCUUGGAGAAACGCCAAGGCCUGCAGAAGUACAAAAAUAUAUUUGGGGACUGAGCGUGCUCAGUGUGCAUAGAAGGCUUGGUGAAUGGAAUGACAUACCUUGGAAGGGGGCAUGGCUGGUGGAACUCUAAAUCAGGGUGGAUAAAAAUCAAUGGGUUUUUUUAAAUUAAAAAAUUGAUUAAAAAAAAAUUAAAUCAGAUUUUUUAUUAUUAUUAUUUAAAUCGGAUUUUUAAAAUAAAAUGCUUUUGGAGGAAAAAUCUUUCUAAAGAUAGUUUUCUAUUUAAGUUAUAUUAUAGUCCAAAGGCUAUUCAUGAGGAAAUAAGGAUUUGUUUUAAGUUUUUCAUGUGUGUUAAAACUCAGUCUAAGGUGGUUGUUGUUGUUUUUUAAAAAAACCACAUCAGUUAACAAACAUGGAUACAUAUGCUACAAUGUUAUUGUUUUAGUUAAAUAAAUUGUUACUAAUGAUCAUUUUUCUCCUUCCAAUAAAGUACAGCAGAAAAUUUGUCUAUAUAUAAACAGUUAACUUAUUAAUCCUUACAAUAAUUUCAUAAUUAUCUGUCUAUGUAUUUCUAAUAGUAUAACCAAGUCAGUAAUUUUUGAUAUAACUUUAAAACUACUCUGAAAAGUUAUUAUUCCAAAAAUGGAACCUUCCUCUGGUUGUAAAUAUUAAGAUUAUACCAGCAAGAAUGAGUCUUUCUGUUAAAAAAAAUAAUGAUUUAAAUCAAGUCUUACUGACUAGUGAUUUAAAUCGUGAUUUACAUCUAUUUUAUUUAAAUCAAAUCCCUGCUCUAAAUCAAGCACUCCACAAAACAACUUUUUGCAGGACCUGUUUGGCCCAUAUGUAAUGUUAAUAUGUGUAGUUUUAUUAAAUUUCUGAAAUUUUACACAUAAAAUUCCAAUACCUUUAAAAAAGAAAUUUCUUUUCUAUUUUUGACUUCCCAACCCGUUUUCCAUGAUGUUUUCCUUUUCACCCCCUUUGCUGCACUCUAUCCGCACUCUUUUUAUCAUAGUCCUCCUAGCACAAUAGUUUCUAAUCCUUUCUUUUACUCAUAACUCAAAACCUGUUUGCGGAUUCUUCAUGUUGUAAAAUUUCUUCAAAUAAUCCGAAAAGGUUUCCAUUCUUCAGGCCCAUUUGUAUUCUUUAAUGUAUUGUCCCUUUAAGAAUGCAGCAGUGAGGUGGAAGAAAAAGAAAGGCCAGUCCACCAAGGGAGUAAUGGGUGGUAGUGGGGAUGUAUUGGUAAGUGUUCGGGGAUUUGAACAUGUGCUGUUCAACUGAUUUUUCUUAAUGGUUUUUUAAAAUGGUUUUUCAGGAGUGUGGAUGGUGCAAAUGUAAAAUUCACAUUUCUUGAUCUUCCCAGUUUUGGCUCUGGCCCCACUCACCUUUGUCAUGUGCCCCCCCCCAAAAAAAAAAAGUUGCCUGGAAGAACGUGUAAAUGAUCCAGGUUUAUUGGGCAUAGCGAUCGUCACACAAUCAUUCAAUAUUUCUUCUUUGGUUUUGAGUGCAAUGUUGCUGAGCUGUUUCUCUCUUCUGUAGUUGACGCAGGCCACAGGGCUGUAAUCUUUGACCGAUUCCGAGGCGUCCAGGACAUAGUGGUGGGAGAAGGGACCCAUUUUCUCAUUCCCUGGGUGCAGAAGCCGAUCAUCUUUGACUGCCGCUCUCGCCCACGUAACGUUCCUGUAAUCACUGGCAGCAAAGGUGAGCAGUGGGUGGAUGCAGUUUUUUAUCCUCUGGACUCAGGAGUCGGUAGUUGGGUCUGGGUAACGGGAAACUAAACACAAAGGCGAGCCGCCCUAACUACAAACCAGCUUCUGACCCCAAAUGCAUCAUUUUUAGCAGCAGCUAUAAAGGCUGCUUUAAAAUUGAGAAAGAAGCACAUCCAUUUGAAUGUGUCCUUUUCCAUAAUGUUGCACGUAGUCAUAGCAAGGGGUGUGUGGGGUGUUAGAGGAGGGGUAAUACCUCUGAUGGGACGCGUGUGGUGCUGUGGUCUAAACCACUGAGCCUAGGGCUUGCCGAUCAGAAGGUCGGCAGUUUGAAGUGAGCUCCCGUUGCUCGGUCCCUGCUCCUGCCGACCUAGCAGUUCGAAAGCACGUCAAAGUGCACGUAGAUAGGUACCGCUCUGGCAGGAAGGUAAACGGCGUUUCCGUGCGCUGCUCUGGUUCGCCAGAAGCGGCUUAGUCAUGCUGGCCACAUGACCCGGAAGCUGUACGUCCGCUCCCUCGGCCAAUAAAGCGAGAUGAGCGCCGCAACCGCAGAGUCGGCCACGACUGGACCUAACGGUCAAGGGUCCCUUUACCUUUACCUAAUACCUCUGGUAGGGGACACGUCAUACUCCUCCUGGGGUGGUUUGUCCACCUUUGGUCCCCACCUUGCACCCAGCUCUCACCCAGGGCUCCUAGAAGAUGCUAACUUGCAAUAGCAGCCACACCCCGAGAAUGGCUUCGACUGGCCAGCUGAACCAGGUGAGGGUGGUCGGUGGGUCUCAAAACCUCGGGGAGCUAGGGACUUCCCCUGCAUGCGAAGACAAGCUCCGGCAGAUUGAUCAAACAAAACCAAUACAGUGGAACCUCAGGUUAAGUACUUAAUUCGUUCCGGAUGUCUGUUCUUAACCUGAAACUGUUCUUAACCUGAAGCACCACUUUAGCUAAUGGGGCCUCCUGCUGCUGCCGUGCCGCUGGAGCACAAUUUCUGUUCUCAUCCUGAAGCAAAGUUCUUAACCUGAAGCACUAUUUCUGGGUUAGCAGAGUCUGUAACCUGAAGCAUAUGUUACCUGAAGUGUAUGUAACCUAAGGUACCACUGUAGUGGAUCCGACAAUCAAGAAGGCAGUUUCUGCACAAGCUGUAGACGGAAGUGAGGGGCAGAUGGGGCUUGUCAACCUGGGUGGGCAGCCCAUCUAGGAAAAGGAAAACUCUGAUCUUAAACCACCGCUGCCUUUGAGGGACAUCUUCAGGAGAAGAAAGGGCUAAGGAGUAAACCCUACACAAAUUUGGAGUGGAGUCCCUAAGAUGGUUGAAUGGCACCUUGUACUGCUCCUUCUGGCAGCAACUGCAGCCAAGCUGGUGCCAAACAUAUUGUUCUGCUUUCCUUUGGACCACAUCAGCGAGGCGUCUGGGCAGCCCAAGAACUCUGUACGCAAUGCCCUGGCUUAUACACCAGGGAGCUCACUUUGUUGCUGCUGACACAGCAGUUUGACCACCCCUGGAGGUGCGCUCCAUUGUCUCUCAAGACAAACGGAUGCCAACAGCAACAGUCAUAGCCAUCUCAGUGCUGCUGCUUAUGUAUCCAAAGUGGGGGUGGCAUUAGCAAGUUUGUGGGAAGCCCCAAGGUUUGCAGAAGUGCUGUAUUUUUCGCUCUAUAGGACACACUUUUUCCCCUCCAAAAAUUAAGGGGAAAUGUGUGUGCGUCCUAUGGAGCGAUUGCAGGCUCCUUGGAUAGCCGCCUGAAGCCUUCGGAGCGCAGCGCGAGUUCCCACUGCGUUCUGGAGGCUUCAGGUUCCUUUCGCUGAAGCCAGGAGAGUCUUGCUCUCCUGGCUUCAGCUAAAGGAACCUGAAGCCUGUGGAGCGUAGCGGGAACUCGCGCUGCGCUCCAAAGGCUUCAGGGAUAGCCGCGCACAGCCCCUCCCGCAGGGUGAGGUUGCGCGCGGCUAAAGAGGAAGCCAAGACAGCCAGCGGGAUGGAUCCCACUCACUGUCUUGGCUUCUUUGCUCUUUGGGGCUUGGGGGGGAAUAAGAUUUUUUUUUUCUUGAUUUCCCCCUCUAAAAACUAGGUGCGCCUUAUGGUCCGGUGCGCCUUAUGGAGCAAAAAAUACGGUACAUAAAACCUUUAGAAUCCUCUCUUCCCAAGAGCUCACUGAGCAGUGAGUGUUCUGAACAGGAUAUUGGACUCUGACCAGCUGUUGCUUUUGGGGAGGGGGCACGAACUGAGAACUGGGAGUGGGGGACAGAGUUUGGAAUCCUCGAUGCCAGCAACAUUUUGUUGCGGGUCCCACCUGCAAACCCCUAAAGCAGUAGUGGUGGAAUUUGUGCCGCCGCCAAUCCAACUUAACAUUUUGACCUUUAGUACUUGCUGAGACUUGUUCCUGCUCUGACCGUCUCCCUGCUUCCCUCCCCCGGUAGAUCUACAGAACGUGAACAUCACACUAAGGAUCUUGUUCAGGCCGGUGACCAUGCAGCUUCCCCGGAUUUUCACCACGAUCGGCGAGGAUUACGAUGAGCGAGUGCUGCCUUCCAUCACAACUGAGAUCCUCAAAUCUGUGGUGGUAAGGGCCAAGGAACAGCUGGUGAUAUUCCUCUUUUCAUUGGAAGCCUCUGGCUUCAUUAAUACUGGAGCCCUAAAUGGCAGGGCUGGGGAACCUUGGACUACAGCUCCCAUCAUCCUUGACUGUUGAUUAUGCUGGCAGGGGCUUAUGGGAGUUGGAGUCCCACAGCAGCUGGAGGGCUUCAGCUGCCCCUCUUUGGGCCUUGCAUUCCUCUUUUCUCAUCCUUUGAAGGAAGGAAAAGGGGAGCGGUUGUAUUACAAAGCCAAAGGAGAGAUCUUAAGGGGUACAUGGAGACCAGCAGCACACCUCGGGUCACAGAGUUUCCCAUUAGGAUUGAUCCUUUUGAAUACUAACCAAGGGCCAAGCUAGAUGUGAGAGGGUUAAACUGCCCAGGUAUAGGGCGGUAUAUAAAUUCUAAUAAUAAUAAUUAAAAUAAUAAUGGUAGGUGUGGCUGGCCUGAUCCAGACCCUGAUGUGGGCAGAGGGGCUUUUACCCUGUGCCACUUAUGCAGUUCUGAUCGAGAUCACCUCUUCUCACUGCUUUUCUUUUUAAUAAUUUUCAAUAGCAUAAACAGUGUCAUGUCUAGCUCAGUGCUAACUAAAGUGGUAAAGGGAUGCGGGUGGCGCUGUGGUCUAAACCGCUGAGUCUCUUGGGCUUGCCGAUUGGAAGGUCAAUGGUUCAAAUCCCUGUGGCAGAGUGAGAGCCCAUUGCACUGUCCCAGCUCCUACCAACCUAGCAGUUCGAAAGCAUGCCAGUGCAAGUAGAUCAAUAGGUACCACUGCAGUGGGAAAGUAAACGAAGUUUCCGUGCACUCUGGUUUCUGUUAGUGUCCCGCUGCGCCAGAAGCGGUUUAGUCAUGCUGGCCACAUGAGCCGGAAAGCUGUCUGUGGACAAACACCGGCUCCCUCGGCCUGAAAGCGAGAUGAGUGCUGGACUUAACCAUCCAGGGGUCCUUUACCUUCUUUUUUUUAUUAUUUUUUUUACCUUAACUAAAGUGGUAUUGGAUAAUGUCUCAGAGUAAUGGAGGAAAAGAGCCGGGAAGGUGUGUUCAUGCAUUUGCCUGGAUCAGAGGAUGCUGACUUGGCAAUCCACAUCCAGCAACGUCCCUUGCAGGCUCCUUAGGGUUAUGUUGUAACAAGGGCGCACAGCUUUAACGAAAGCUCUUUGGUUUACUUCCGCAUUUAUCAUUGCUUGUCUCCAUUUUAGGCUCGCUUUGAUGCUGGCGAGUUGAUCACGCAAAGAGAACUCGUUUCCAGGCAAGUGAGCGAAGACCUCACGGAAAGAGCAGCAACUUUCGGCCUCAUCCUAGAUGAUGUUUCCUUGGUAAGAGCUACCUUCUAGUUUGGUUUACAGCAGGGGAAGGAAGCUUGUGGCCCUCUAGACCUCGCUGAACUCCAGCUCCUAUCAUCCCCAGCCAGCAUGGCCAGUAGUCACUGGUUGUAAUCCAGCAAAUUCUGGAGCAGGCAUAGGCAAACUCGGCCCUCCAGAUGUUUUGGGACUACAACUCCCAUCAUCCCUAGCUAACAGGACCAGUGGCCAGGGAUGAUGGGAGUUGUAGUCCCAAAACAUCUGGAGGGCCGAGUUUGCCUAUGCCUGUUCUGAAGGAUCACAGGUUUCCUACUCUGACUUUAGGGACUGGACCCUUCAAAUUCCAUUCUCUGCACCACAAAAUCUGCAGUGAUAAAACUUUCAGGGUAGAGCAAGCAGAAGAUUUGGAUCGGGGGAAUAUUUACUGCUGAAAAAAAUAUGUGUUUAUUCAGAAGCUGUUAGGUUUGUGUCUUAUUUUCUCCAGGGUUAAAUGGGUUAGUGAUUUUGCUUUUCACCUGCCAGACAUGCAAACCUUAAGGCCAUGGUUAGCCCUUCCAAUACCGCAAACCAAUAGUAAGGUCUCGAUCGUGAAUUUGGUCAGCUACUGCAGCCGGUUUGCAUAAUUCAGGCUGAGGUUGUGUUUUGAUCCUUAAAGUGGGCCUAUGGGCCUUCAGAUGUUGUUGGACUGCAAUUCCCAUCAUGCCCAACCAUUUGCAGUGCUGCUAGGGGCUGAUGGGAGUAGGAGUCUUAACUAUCUGACAGGUCACGGGUUCCCCAUCAAAGGGAUGCUCAAAGUACAAUUGGGAGAAGUGAGCAAGCUUGGGGGCUCCCUCUGCUGGAUGCAGUGAGAGGUUUGGGAGGCUAUCGAGGUGCCAACAAAAGCAACACAAAAUUCUCAAGUCCCUCAGUGGCGUCGCUGUCAAAACUCCAAAGCUGUUACCACCAAAUGCUUAGGAACCUUCACAAUUGAGAGCCAGGAUAUAUCUAUAUAUAGAUAUAUAGAGAUGUGUGUGUGUGUGUGUGUGUGUGUGUGUGUGUGUAUAUUUUCCAUCUCUGCUUCCAGCAAUGUGGAGGAAGGCCAACAUUUCACCAGUAGAAGAUUCUAGAACAGAGCUUUCAAAACUGUGUCACAACAUGUUAGUGUGUCAGCUGCGGUGUGUAGGUGUGUCACGCGAACGCACCCCAUGCUCCUCCCGGGGCUGGAAAGGGGUUAGUUUAACCUCCUGUUUGCUAGUAAAACUGAAUUACUGUGUCACGAAACAAUGCAUGUCUAAAAAGUGUGCCACCAACAUGAAAAGUUUGGAAAGCUCUGUUCUAGAAUAUGGUAUACUCUGUUUCUCUGGCUUUGCAGUGUUGUUUGCCUGUAAGAAUGCAAGAACUCAGCCAGCCACCAACAACAGGGGUGCAGUAGUCCUAUGAUUCCAAAAAAAGGAGAAGAGGGAAAAGUUGUGAAUAAUGUACUGAAGAGCUUUUCAAUAAUUUUUUAUUUUACAAGUAACAAAUUUCAUAAUAGCACAGCAAAACAAACAUAUAACAACAUAAAACCCCCACCCCCAUAUUUCAAUACUAUAAAUUUAACAAGAUUGCUUAAACAACAUGCAACAUCCAAUAGAAAGUAGAACAGGGAGAAACACACACAGCAUCCAAUAGGAAAAAAUGCUCGAUUGAACUGAAUUUUGAGAUUUGGCUUUGCAUCGCAGUCAUUGAUAAGGCUGAUGAAGUUGAUGGGUCCAGCAACACCUAGAUUGCCCAUUCCUACUUUGGAACAGCCUCCUAAUCCCAGUACCCUGAUAUAGCUAACUGAAAGUGCAUAGGACUGAAAUAAUCACAUAUUCUUCCCCUAAUUUACUUCCCUACCCCCUUCAUCACCCCACCUUCCUCUGUUGUUUGCCUCUGUGUGUUUUUUUUCUUCUUUUCUAGACUGUAAGUCUUUUGGGGCAGCAGAGACCUGUCAAACCUGUUUGUAAAGUACCAAGUCUGUAGAUGUUGCUAACCUAAUCAAUUAAAAAAACCAGCAGCCAAUGCAGUACAUCUGUUAAGCCAGUGGUGCUUAAAUGAAACCUGCAUAUAAGCUGUGGACCUUACCUCCUUUUGGGACUGAUCAUGUUUCUCCAGAUUUGGUGCCUACUUUACCGUCUUUUCAGCACUGGGUUAAGGCAUAUUUUUAUUUACCCAGGCAUUUUUAAUUUCUAUAAUCCCUUGGCCGUCUUUGUAAUUACUUUGUGUUGUAUUAUGUUUCAAUUAAGCCUCUUGUACAUCUCCUGCCCUGGGAAUCUGUUUGGAAGUAAGACAAUAAUGUUUUUUGAGCACGUGCAUUUAUUCUUCGCUCUUAGACACAUCUGACAUUCGGAAAGGAGUUCACGGAGGCAGUAGAAAUGAAGCAAGUCGCACAGCAAGAAGCAGAGCGAGCCAGAUUCAUCGUGGAAAAGGUGAGGAUGUUGAGCUUGCCAGCUGGCCUCAACAUCUGUCGUUGUUUCUUGCCAAUGCAACAACCGAGGUGGGGUUUUUUCACCUCAUUCAAUGUUCCACUUACUUCAUGUUCUGCAGAACCCAUCCCUUCCAAUGCACUGUUUCCUGUGUUGCAAAUGCUUUAGAGCAGCUUUGGGGAAUCCGUGGCCCUCCAGAUGUUGUUGGACUACAAAUGCCAUCAAGCCUGGCCAUUGUCUGGAGCUGAUGAGAGUUGGGAGUGAAAAAGGAUUUGGAGGGCCACAGGUUGCCCACCCUUGCAUAAGAGACAUCAGAAUCCUCUGGGAUCAGACCAGAGGCAUCCUAUUUCCUGCAGUACCAGCCAGAUGUUCUCUGGGAAACCUACAAGCAGGAGAAGAAAGCAACCGCCAUAUCCUGUUUUUGCUCCUCAGCGAGUGGAACUGCUUCUUGAAAUCUGGAGGUUGCCUGUACCUGCCAUGACCCAUAGCCACUGUAACAGAUUUACAGCAUGAUCCUAAGCAUGUUUACUCAAAACUAAGUCCUACUGAACUCAGUUGGGCUUGGAUUGAAGCCUUGGAAGACUCCAUGAAUUUGUCUUAACUCGUUUUUUGAAGCCACCUAAACUGGCCCUUUUCAUUUAUCUCAUUGACAGGGACGCGGGUGGCACUGUGGGUUAAACCACAGAGCCUAGGACUUGCCGAUCAGAAGGUUGGCAGUUCGAAUCCCCGUGACAGGGUGAGCUCCCGUUGCUCGGUCCCUGCUCCUGCCAACCUAGCACUUCGAAAGCACGUCAAUGUGCAAGUAGAUAAAUAGGUACCACUCCGGUGGGAAGGUAAACGGCGUUUCUGUGCGCUGCUCUGCCUUGCCAGAAGCGGCUUAGUCAUGCUGGCCACAUGACCCGGAAGCUGUACGCCGGCUCCCUCGGCCAAUAAAGCGAGAUGAGCGCCGCAACCCCAGAGUCAGCCACGACUGGACCUAAUAGUCAGGGAACCCCUUUACCUUUAAACUGGCCCUUUUCAUUUAUCUCAUUGACUGUCCUGUAAAAUAGGCUGGGCUGUGAAAGAUGGUGACUUGCUUGGCGCUGCCUAGGUCAGCAAUUGGAGCCUGGUCUCUUUUUCUGACACUCCUAUGGCUACUGAGCAUGCUGAGCCAUCACUGAGUGUAUCUGUGCAUGCAAGUCUGCAGAUAACUGCUGCAACUCUGGUUAUCUUGGGUGCCUGUUUUUGGUUGCAGUUCUGUCGGCAUGCGCCACCUGAGUUCAUUAUUAUUGGGGGCACAUGACCUGUUUAUCAGCACUGCCUUUGACCAAAGUUCACUGUCUGUAUCUUCUCUCUAUCCCUCCCCCCCCCCCAACCCGGUCCCCUUCACAGGCAGAGCAGCAGAAGAAAGCCGCUAUAAUCUCAGCUGAGGGGGAUUCGAAGGCAGCUGAGCUCAUCGCCACGUCGCUGUCUUCAGUGGGCGACGGCCUCAUUGAGCUGCGCAAACUUGAGGCAGCCGAAGACAUCGCUUACCAGCUCUCGCGCUCCCGCAACAUCACCUACCUGCCCUCAGGACAGUCAGUGUUGCUCCAGCUACCACAAUGAGUGUCCUGACUCUCCCCAUCCCCAUGUUAUUUUUCUACUAUUCCCUUGAAACUUAACAGAUGAGUCAAAAGUAUAUAAUCACUGAGGUUUCCCCAUCUGGGGGUUGACAGACAGCAGGAAAUCAAAUGGAUUUAAAAUCCCUCGAUCUAAUUAAGGCAAUCUCCCUUUCCCACUCUAGAAUAUAAUUUUUAGCAGAUCAGUGCUUGGAAUAAAAGCUAUAAAGGAGUGGGGGGUGUUUGUUUUUGUCCACUGGGAAAGCCUUUUGUUUUGGUAAGACCUUGCUAUAGCAGCCUGCGGUCUGUGUAAUCGGAACUAGGCCAACUUUGGUUUGCUGCUGUUUAUGGAAAAGAGAAGGGUUUUUUUUUCCUUGCCCCACCUUCUUUCCUGCCAGAUCUAGUGUCAUACAGGUAGCAUAUCAGCUCCUCUUCCUGGUUUAUUUCUCCCUAAUGUCUGGUUCUGCAGUAAUGUUUCAGACUGCAACAGUGCAGAUCUAAAACACCUGAUUUAGUUUCAGUUCUGUAUAGAUCUGAGAUUAUAAUGUUCCCAUAUGUGGAAUUACAGUUCCUGGGGACAGCUCUCUCUCUUCUCCGUAGCUUGUAUCUGACCUUGUGCAGAAAAAGGCUGACCUUUUAGGCAGCAAGCAUCUAUUCCACAUGUCUCAAGGCCCAACUUUAAGAGGGGUACUUAUUCCACUGAUAGGCUGCAUUCAUGAGUGUGUUAUUGGGGCUCUUUUAAUUGAAAGAUGUUCACUUUAACAGUGAAACUGCAAAAUAUGAAAUUGUACUAACCAACCUUCAAUAAAUGAACAAAUAAAAUGCCCCUUCUUAACUGUGUGGUUUGUAUUUAGCAUGUGGACAGUGUUACUAAAAUUUAUGGUUGUGUUUGCUUUUCACAAUUUGCAUUUUCCAUCAGAGGUGGGGAGGAAAGUCUAGCGAAGAAAUGUUAUGUGUGGAUGGCAGAUUGGGACUACAACUCCCAUUAACCCUCAGCCAGGAUUGUCAGUGAUUGGGGAUGGUGGCAGUCGUAGUCCAACAACAUUUGGAAGGCGCCGUGUUGACUAUCUUGCACUCAGUUAGUCCCAGGAAAGCCUCUAAAAUCUUACAGCUGGUUAUGCAAAGGUGAGCAAAAAAACAGGAUUCCCCACCCCGCUGCUGCCCGGUUACUGAAUUUAGUGUUCAUUUGAAUGUUAAAGGGCAGGACCUGCAUUUGAAUUGUGUGAUUGACACAUGUCUGGAACAUAGCAAAUCAGAUUCUGGGAAAGAUGCACAUCAAAUUAAUGCUUAGUUUCUAAAUGUGUUUCGUUCAUGGGCCUCCUUAUAUUUCCACAGAAGCAGGUUUCUUUAAAUUAUAUCCAACUAUGUUCUCCUCAGAGUAAACCCCUUGAAAUAUUUGGGCCUAGGUUAGUCCUCUUCAUUUCAGUGAGUCUACUCUGAGGAGAACUAACAUUGGAUGCAUAUGUUAAGACCACUGGAAGAAAAAGAUGUCCUGCCCAAUGUUUUUUGAGACAUGGCUAGGCAAUAAAUUGAGAAGCUUGUAUAGCAUUAAGAACAAGGGCAGUAAGGUAAUUGAAGCUAGGUGCUGUUCACUGGCAGAGUCAACAGAUGAUUCCUGCCACAGGCCAAUGUUACAUUCUGGGCUGGCACUCAGAGCAGCACGUAGCAGCUGGAUCUAGCCACUCUUUAAAUUCCCCACAAUGCCCUGGGCCUAGCAUUGUUCUGGGGCAUUAUGGGAAAUUAAUGUGAUGGCUGGAGUUAGCUGUCCAGCCCUGCUUUGCCACCGCAGCCAGGGCUCACUGACGGAAGAGAUGACUCACCAAAACACAUUUUGCCCAAGGCCCCCCUCAAAUCUGCCUUGUAAGUUGAAACGUAUGUUCAAAGUGUUGCAUGGUCAAUUUUGCAGUGCUUGUUUUCACAAGGCUGUUUUUGGCUGCCUACAGUGCCCCCACCUUUGAUCUCAAUUUUCACAUGAAAGGACAUGUCACCUGGGCAGAGAAAGAAAGGGAAACUGCAUAACAAACCCACACCUGUUCGCAUACUGCAGCCAUUUGCCAACACACAGAGCGACACGCCUGCCCCUCAGCUGCAGAUCUUAAUCGGGACCGUGAUUUCCCUGUUGGCACUGGAGGCUGAAGAUGCCUAAUCUGCUUUCCACAUAGAUGCUCCCUAGCCCUCGGAAUAUUUCUCAUGGCAUUUUUCUCCCCAGGCAUCCUGGCUGCAAUCCCAACAGAUAAUCUACCUUCCAUAUCCUCCCUGCGGUUUCACUUGGCAGCUGCUCCAAGCUUCAGUUCUUGCCGUACGUUGCCGCAUAUACUUGACUUCCAAGAAGCAACGAUCCCACUCUCAUGCCAAUGCGCAGGUGGUGUGAGAGUGUUUCUUCACCUGCAAAUGUAGAAGCUGCGAGGCAGUUUGGAAUGUGCUUUUGGAUGCAGCGGGUGGAGAACGUCUGCAUACCAACCUCACCAUGAUCUGCUCUCGGGGGAACACAGAAAGCAGUUGUUUACCAGGUCAGAUAUUCUUUUACCAUCUAGUCCAGUGUUGUCCAGGCAUAGCCAACUUGGUGCUCUCCAGGGGUAUUGGUUUACAACUCCCGCCAGUCCCAUCCAGAAUGGCCUAUGGCAGGUCCAAAGUCCGCUUCGGGGGCCUAAUCUGGCCCGCUGGUCGGUUUAAUCCAGCCCCUGUGGCAGUUUAUUUCCUGGGGCAAAAUCCUAAAAAAACCUCCACAGCUUCAAUCCUAAAAGAAUCUCAAAGGAGCUCAACAGCUCCACCCCCUAAAAAACCUUUAAAAAUUUCAACAACUUCAAUCCUAAAAAAAGCCCAACAACUUUGGGGUAAAAUCAUAGAAAAAGCUCAACAACUUUUCAAUCCUAAAAAAAAGGUCAACAACUUUGGUUGGCCCUUUGGUCAGCCCCCACGGCCCUUCACUUCAUCAAAUCUGGCCCUCUUUGAAAAAAGUUUGGACACCACUGGCCUAUGGUCAGGGAAGAUGGGAGUCACAUUUCAACAAAAUUCCCAGGGCUACCCCUGAUCUACUCUGUAUGGCACUGGCUCUCCAGGGUUUGUGGCAGGUAUCCCAAGUAACAAUAAAAAAAGAUAGUACUUAAUUAUUGUUGACAGUAUUCAAUACCAAUAUGGGGGCCAGGAGAGAGCAAAAGGGAUUAUAUGAUAGGUAAGCAUUUCCAAAAUAUUUUUGCUGUAUUGUUUACAUUCCACUUUUCCUCCAAGGAGCUCAAGGUAGUACAUGUGGUUCUCCCCUCUCCACUUUAUCUUCAUAACAACCAGUGCUAUUUUUCUAGAAAGAAAGGUGCCAGAACUCGCCAUGAAUGCCUCCCUUGUUCUCUUAUAAUGGCAAUGGCGUCCACCUGGAAGGUGUCGGAACUGAGUUCUGGCAAGUUCUGGCUGAAAAAAAGCCCUGUGAGAUAAUUCAGUCGACGGUGAUUGGCUCAAAAUUACCCAAAGAGCUUCAUGAAUAAAAGGAGAUUUGUACACCAAUCUCUUAAAUCCUAAUCUUACACACUAACCACGACACCAUACUGACUGAAUACAUCCAUCAAUGCUGGGGAAGGGACAGCACAACCCCCUUUCCCACGGCCUGCCCUGACCCAUUUGUCUUUUUAAUAUUUGUGUUAUUAGUCACUGAAGUUUGUUCACUAAAAAGAUGAAGCUGGCGAUGAUAAUGAUUAUAUAAAAUCCUGCUUAAAUAUCAAACAAGUAUAUACAAAUAUCUUUGUUAUGCCAUAUGUAGGUCAGCACCAAGUCUACUCAGUCAAAAGGUUUCCACAUAUGGAAUUCAGCCAGCAAGGGUUGUGCACACGCAUAAUCUGCCACCGAAGAUACAGUGGUGCCUCGCAAGACGAAAUUAAUUCGUUCUGCAAGUUUUUUCGUCUUGCGAAUUUUUCGUCUUGCAAAGCACGGUUUCCCAAAGUCUUCAAAAUCACCAAAGUCUUCAAAAACCUAAAAAAGGGCUACCACACCGCGUGCUAUGAGUUGCUCCUCGAAGUCACCCUGGGUAUUAACGGUUUUAAGAAAAAGGAAACAAACUUGCAAGACGUUUUCGUUUUUCGUCUUGCAAAGCAAGCCCAUAGGGAAAUUCGUCUUGCGAAGCAACUCAAAAAACGAAAAACUCUUUCGUCUUGCGAGGCAUUCGUCUUGCGAGGUACCACUGUACCUUAAAUCAAAGUUGUGGUGAUGGUUCCUGAUGUCAUGGAGCAGUUUUUGUCUAUUGUUAGAUGCCCCUGUACCUGUUUGUUCCUGAGGAUGUUUUGGUCUACAUUUGAGGACUUAGCCUUUAUAAAAAAAUGCACAGAUUUGGGUAACACCUUGGCAUGACGGUUCUUGAGACACACCCAGUCACUGUUCACGGAAAGAAUAAUAAAAAGGGGGAGAAUAAAAGACAGACUAGAAAAGUGUCAACCACCACCCCACUACCUUCAAUAAAGCAUUGUUUGUAUGCUGCAUACAUUUCUACCUUCUAUUUUUCAAAGCUGAUUUUCCCUUGGUUUCUAGGUCCGCUAAGCCUAACAAUCCUGGUAUUUAUGUUGGGAUAGAGUAAAACAGGCAUAGGCAGACUCGGCCCUCCAGAUGUUUUGGGACUACAAUUCCCAUCAACUGGUCCUGUUAAUAGGGAUGAUGGGAGUUGUAGUCCGAAAACAUCUGGAGGGCCGAGUUUGCCUAUGCCUAGACUAAAAUGAAUGACAAGAAUGCCCACUGGAAAUAACGGCAGCGCUUUCUUAUGGGAGCUUAGGAUGCUGCCUUGCACUGAGUAGAAGAUAGUGGCCUAUCUAGCUGACAGUCAUCUAUGCUCACCCGCAGUGAUUAUUCAGAAUUGCAGACAGGAUUAUUUCCCUAGUUACCCGGCAGUGCUGGAGACUGAACCUGGGGGUUUUUUCUGCACACAAACCAAGAACUUUACUUCCGUGGAGCAGUCAUAUAAAAAAGGUCAUUUGGAGAGCUCAUUAUUUCCUAAGGGCCUUCAGAUAGCUCCCAUUGUUUCCAGUGGCAAUGGGCAUUCUCGUCAUUAAUUUCCAAAGUGUAAAUUGGAUUUGUUUUUCCCUCACGGGUAGCAACCACUGCUGCUUUUCUGACUUCAUUGUGAUAUAAGUAAAAAGACUGCUCCAUUUCCAUUAUGGGGUACCCAAGAGCCCAUAUAGAGUCCUUUUGUAGGUUCUCUCUCGGUAGGAGAAAAUAACAGAGACCAACCAGAGAAUAUUGAGAAUUUAUUGACUGUUGCAACAUGGUGCUCCCCCACAUGUAGGAGAGGAGGACGACCUCGAACAAUGGCGCGCAAGGCCUUAUAUAGCCAUUUUGAAAUUCCCUGCCCUGAAGCUCAAGACCACUCCUCCAUACAUCAUACCUACAUCACAGAAAAGCAACAGAAAUUUGAAUGUUGUUGUUUUUCCUGUCUGCCAGGUUAUCUGAUAAUGCCUUAUUUGAUUGCCUUUUCUGGUAGUCUGGCCAUUCCUUUGGUAAUUACUUAAUUCCUGAGACAAUGGGAAGGUUUUUUCACCUCCUACCUCCUUGCAGAGAAACACUUGUUCAGCUUGGGAGUCAAAAUGGUUUCAGGACUGUCCCUCUGCGCUGCUCCAGACACGAGGUUCACACACUCAUGUACAGUAGACGCUCAGGUUGCAAAUGUGUGGGAAGCACGUUCGCAACCCGCAGCGCCCACAACCCGCAGCACCGUGUCUGCACACGCGUGGGUUGCGAUUAGGCGCUUCUGCGCAAAGUGCGAUUUAGCGCUUCUGCGCAUGCGCCGAAACCCAGAAGUAAUCCGUCCCGGUACUUCUGGGUUCGGCGUGGUGCACAACCCGAAAUCACACAACCCGAAGCGUCUGUAACCUGAGGUAUGACUGUACGUGCCUGCCUGGCACAUUUAUGAACAUUUAUUAUAUACCUAAGACCUUAAAGUUCUUAUAACAACUGUGUAUAUUCCAAAUAGCUGGACCUUAUCUCUAAUUCUGAAAUGUAAAGGACUUUAAUGGACAAGAGAGAGAGAGCACUUUAACUCAUAUCAAUGUUUAAUUAUUGUUGUUGUUUUAAUUAUCCCCCCCAUGCUUUUAGUUGCUUUUAUGUCUAUCUGUAAGUUGUCUUGAGUUCCUGUCAGGGAAAACAGCAGGGUAUAAAUAAAUAAAUAAUUUUUAUUAACAAAAUUCCUAAAACAUUGAUCCACCUUCGCAAAAAUUAACUGAAGAGCGUGCAUUCUCAGUGCACGGACUCUGAAGUACCUCCGUGCCUUCCCACACUUUCCAACCACCAUCAGCAGCUGUGGCAUUUAUUAAAACCUUCCACAGAAAUAGUGGUUUUUUACUUUUUAAAUUUUUUAAAAAUAAAAAUAAAAACCCCGGAUCGGUCUUAAUGCAGAGAAACAAGCAAACAGACAGACAGACAGACAGAAAGAGAGACGAAGGAUAAACAUGGAAAUGGCGGGAUAUUAUGUUUGCUAUUAACAUAUAUAUUUCAGUGAAACUAGCAGAAUUUCGUAGCUGCCCCUGAGCACGCAUGCUCGGAUGGCUCCCUCCUUCCCUCCCGCACCGUUUUGUUUUGUUGGCCCUCGGCCCCGCCCCUUCCUCCCGUCUCACCUGAGGCGGUGAGAGCAGCAGAGCGCGCGAGCGCGGAGACGUUGAUUCCUACCACGCACGCGCCGCCGUCCAAGCCACCCAGCCAGCCAGCCAGCGUUCGAGGGUGGAGGGAAAGGAACGGAACGGCCGCGCUUCAGAAAGCGGCGCUCGCGCCUAUUGCGCGCGCAGGUUACGAGCUGGGCGAGGGGCGGGGCGGCGAAAGGAGUAAAGGGGGAGGGGGGGAAAGAGGGAAGCCGCCGCGCGUUCUCGCGCGAAGUCCUCCUCAGGCGACGACAGCGACGACGCAAGCGCAUUCGCUGUCUUCCUUUACGACGAGCCAGCCAGCCAGUCAAGCCAGCCAGCGACGCUGAAGGAAAAGCGAAGAGAGAGAGCGCGCGCGGGGCGGAGGAGGAGGAGGAGGGGGGAGGGUGUUGCGAGUGGAGCGGGCGGUGCAGUCGCGAGGCUGAGUGUCUGACUGACUUUGGUUGGCUACGGCGGCGGCCACGUAGCGCUGCGGCGGCGGCGGCGGCGGCCGCCGAGGGGAGGGCGAGCGACAGGGAGAGCGUCAGUGGGAGCAGCCGCUGGAGCGGCGGGGCCUAGGCCUGGUCCUGAGGCGGCGGCGGCGGACGAGGAGGGGGCUGGAGCCGAGGGGGAGGGCAGGAAGGAAAGAGGGCCCUGGCCGCCCCUACCUUCCCCCCUCCCCUGCCUAGGCAUGGACCGCGGCGGCGGAGGAGGAGGAGGCGGAGCGGCGACGGAGGAGCAGCGCCGGUGGCAGCCCCGGAGAGUCCCGGCCUGGGUGAGUCCGUGCAGGAAAAGAGGCCCUCCGGCUGGGGAAAGGGCAGGCCGAGCUCCUCCUGCUCAGCUCCACAGCCUCCUUCUUUUUUGCUUAGUUGUUGGUAACGUGCCUCCCGCUUCGAAGUGCCAACGAGGCCCGGCUGUGGAGCGUCAGGGAGGGGCGAGCGUGCACCUGAGCAUGUGCAGAGUGCUCUUGCUUGCUUGGGAUCUGGACAGUUGAGAUAGUGUCAUGGGGGCGGGGUUGGGGUCGGAGGGUUUGGCUGCGGGAGCGUUUCUUCUUUGAAACUGGCAACCUUUUUGGACCACGGAGGAGAAAGGGGGAGAGAUUUCGCGGGCCGAGUUUUUUUGGGGGGUGGGGAGCUCAGUUGGUCGAAGAGUCGAAAGUUGAAGGGUGUGUGUGGGUUUUGGAAAGUUGAGGUGGAAGGUGCUUCUUCAGCAGAGAAGUUGGCAUAGAGGGGGAACAUUUAGUUUGGCAUCACUUUAAAGGUUUGGCGUGGUUGGAGGAGGAAGUUGUGCCACCUCCUGAGACAACUCUGAUGCUGGGAAUAUCUCCGUUUAAUGCGGAUCUUGGGAAUUGGGGGAAGGGAAGCAGUGUUAAGAGACUCCUUGCACCCUCGGGUGUUCUGUUACAUUAGGUCCGCGAAACAGUAGAAAAGUUAAAAAAAGAAAAAGUUCCAGUACUGAAGUAGAAAUGUUAUCAUUUCCCAACACACAGUGUUCCUUCUCUUCCAAACCACUGCUAUUUGAAGUUUGAUAUUUGAUAUGAUUAAAAUCAGGCUGUAAAAAUCCAAGAUUUCCGAUGACCAAACUCCUCAUCUGCAAAUAAGCCACAGGUGUCUAAUGUUUGUAAAUUGACUUAACUUCAACCUGUGCAUGGUUGGAGCAGGCAGAUCAAUGUGUUAUGUCACACUAUUUUCAUAAAAACUUACCUGGGAGUAUAUCUUUGGAUGAUGUAUCUCCAUGCAACCUGAAUCUAACUCCUAGAAAGUCUGAAAAUUAAUUGGUUCAGUCCUAUUUAAAAUCUCAUUUUGUAGAAAAAGAAAGUUACACAUUUGUUUCAAACAUCAUUGUUUAAAUACUCCCUACUCUUAAAAUGCUCCUCUGGUGAUAGAUUGGAGAAUUGUUAGGCUGCUAUACAGCAGACUUUUGGAGAGUGUUACUAUUGCUCUUUCUCACAAGGAUACCAAUGGGAGAACUCAGGUGAUUUGUGGUGGAGAGCACCAUGAUGGUACCUGGAGUAAAGCAGGAGAGACAAAUGGGAUAGUUUUGUUCAGGUGAAAUAGGAUUCAUAAGAAAAUAGAUGCAAAUCUACUGUCCUUCAAAUUGUGCGUAAUGUGAGAAUUAGGUAUGUUCAUGUAAGCUAGUCUCUGGGUGUCAGUAGUGGUUGCUGAACUUGGGUGGUGGAGUUAUUCUGUACUCCAGAUAGAAGUUUGUGCAACUAGAAAAACAAUUGGAGCUAUUUGCAUGAUGGAUGGGGUUUACAGCUUUUGGGAUGAUGAAGAUGGAGAAAGGAUCUACUCAAAACCUUCUCGAGUGAUGCAGUUAAAUGUAUGCCCUGCAGAGAUUGUUGCACCAACUGAAACUAGGAAGAGAUGUGAUCAAAAUCUGAACCCCUUCUUCUUGUGCCCCCUCCACAUGGCUUCCUGUUCGUGGAAUGCUGUCACCGGGGAGGCUUGCCUGGCAUUUUUAUUACAUAUCUUUAGGCGCCAGGCAAAAGUAUUUCUUUAUAAUCAGGUUUUUGGCUGAUUGAACAUUCUAUGUAGCCUUUUAAAUUGGUUUGUGUUAGUUUUUGUUCUGUAUUUUAUGUUAUCAUUUUGUAUUUGUAUGUUGUGAACCACCCUGUGAUCUUCAGAUGAAGUGAAGUAUACAAAUAAUAAUAAUAAUAAUAGUAAUAAUAAUUAAUAAUGGUGGUGGUGAUGGUGAUGUUGCUCCUAAACAAGUUGUGGGCCAUAUCAUAGAACUGAAUCAUAGAAUUGUAGUGUUGGAAGGUACCUAGUACAACUCCCUGCAAUGCAGGAAUAUGCAGCUGCCUCAUGUGGGGAUCGAACCUGCAACCUUGUCAUUUUCAGCACCACACUAUUCAGGCUAGAUAUAUAUUGGGAAGCCUUAGCAUCAAGUUUGUUUUGCUAGGUGUAACUGGCUAAUGGUAGCAGCUGGCAACAAAGGUUAAUGAGGGAAAGAGGAGGGUGGAGAGUUGUGUAUGUGCAUGCAGGGUUGCAUGACAACCCGACUCAUGUGGGCAUGAUCUUACUGCCCUUUACCCCCUACUCUUAAUGCAGUAUAUGGAUCACCUAGCAGAUAGAAUCUAUUAUGCUAUCCCAGAUCAGAUCCUUCAGCUAAAUAUCCAUUUUACAACACUUUAAAUGUAUGGAAAAAAUCAGUACAACUUAACAGGAAGGUACAGGGAUCACUGGAUCUUGACUGUUUUCACACACGAAUACCGAUCCUGUAGAAUUCUAUCAGUUAUAUUUUAUCUGCACAAUCAGAAUGAAUUUCAGGAACAAAAUGCUUUUUCUGUGCAGCUUGAGCAGAAGCAGUGCUAUAGUUAAUAGUUGCCGCUUGUCUUCACUUACCCCUGCCCACUCCCGUGCUCACAGUUGUGAUUAAUAUUCUUCUGUUAUGAAUGGUCUGUGUCACCAUUAAGGAAAAAAGGUAGGAAGAGUCCAGCAUAUAUGUAGACUGUCCCUGGAUCAAGGGACUUUUCUUAAGUUCUCAAAGCUUUUAACCUUCCUCAAGGUUGUCAUCUGAACUAGCCAGAUGCUUAACUGAGAAUCAAUCACAGUCAGUCCAUCCUUUGAAAAUUAAGACUUUAGAGCUAUCUUGCCCCGAAACGGCAAGUAGAUAUUCCUUAAACCUUGGUUUAAGGAGACAUUCCUUAAACUCUCAUAUAUAAGUUAGGUUCCAAAUGACUCCUUAAACUUUGGUUUAAGGAGUCAUUUGAAACCAAGCUUAUAUAUGAGAGUUUCUAACACUGGUAGGUAGUGUGCUGCCUUGGGAGAAAUGGAAGUACAGUGGUACCUCUGGUUACAAACACUUCAGGUUACAGACUCCGCUAACCCGAAAGUAGUACCUUGGGUUAAGAACUUUACCUCAGGAUGAGAACAGAAAUCGCACUGAGGCGGCAGCGAGAGGCCCCAAUUAGCUAAAGUGGUACCUCAGGUUAAGAACAGUUUCAGGUUAAGAACGGACCUCCAGAACGAAUUAAGUUCUUAACCAGAGGUACCACUGUAAAAUAAAAGUCUUUGGGGUAGCAGCUGUUUUCUGUGUCAUGGAUGUGGGGGGGGGGGAGCAAUGAUAGGGGGAUAAUCCAGAAUUAGCAGAAAAUUAUGCUAGCAUCUGGAUGUUGGCACUAGAUAUUUCAGCUGCUGCACCUGUGGUAAGUGCUUAUUUCCUAGCAUACUGGCCCAGGGAAUAAUUGUACUGACUGCAUUGUAGCUGCUUCAGUUUGAGCAAUGAGAGGGGAAGAAAGGCUGCACUUGCUGUAAUACCUUGUGAUCUAAAAUAAUCCUUCCGAAAGUUUGAGUGUACAUUGGUUCUUUGAGGGUGACUUGUAUUUACUGAAAUGCCUUCUGUAAAGGCGUGUGGGGUUUAAAAAUAAUAAUAGCCUAAUUUGUCUAGGAAAUUUUUGCAAAUUUGUGUCGCAAAUAGAAUUUUCUAUUUUAGCCUUUUUUAUUAAAAAAACAACAACACUUUGAGGAAACAAAGCUAAAUCUUUGAAACAGCCACGCUUGCCUAAUAUUGUAUUUGCAGUUGGUAUCCAUUCACUGAUACUAAUCAACUUAUGAAAUGGAAACUUUUCCACCAAAAAAUAAAGUGCUAGAAAGAUUUCCUCUCCAUAUAACUGCUGCCUUAGCAGAAGCAUUCAUGAGCUGGGGUGAAAUAGGAUCGUACUUGGUAGAUGUGCCUACUUCAAUCAGGACAGGUAGGGAUGGGAUGAAAAACUGUUUUUUCUAGUGUUUCUUCUAGAUCUGGAAUACGGUGGGAUUUCUUGAUGGUGCAAGUGCUGGGAGGAUGUGUAUGUGCUUGUGUUAUUAGGCAUGCUGAUAACACUCAGACACUCCUAGGGUUACAGAUAGUACAGUGUGUAUGCCUGGGGUUGUUUUCAACAGGACUGUGUUCAACUUUUGGUCCUGGGAAAGUUUUGGCAGUGUCCAUAUUCAGACUGUAGUGAUUUGAGAUAAUGUUUUCCAUUAAUUAUGUUGUAGUGUUGUAUUUGCGCAUUUUAGUUUCUGUUAAGGUACAUGGAUUGCAUAAAACAGUGGUUUAAAAUGAGAUACAGGGGAUGGUUCUGUGUAUUAAAUUUCCAUGAUAUGCUGAGUGUCAUUCCUCUUGUCUUCUCUUCUCUUCUCUCCUCCCUACCUAGGGUGUCCUUAAUUGUUCCAGGACUGGCUGUGGUGUAUAUGUGAUUAUUGCAAGAAUUGAAUAGCAGCUUGUGUUGAUUUGUGACUGGCCUGUCAGUUGACGUGUCCUCUGCAUUCACUCUGGCAAAACUAUUUACAGCCAACAUUAUGCUAGCGUUUGUUGACUCCUGUGCAAAAUUAAUGUGCGCUACAUUAUGAUGAGUUCAUCUUGAUAGCAUGCGACGGAAUUGUAGAAGUCAAAGUAGCUUAUAAAAGCAAUGGAUACGCUGCAGCAUGCAGUUAUACGCAUGCAGAUUUUAUUGACUUUAACUGUGCAUUGUUUUGCAUCUCAUGUCUCUAACCUAGAGAAACAUUGGAUCAGCAGAAGGCACAGAAUAGUUACUAUUCUUAUUUAUUUAUUAAGAAUAUCUAUAUCCCACCUUUCCAACUGAAUAUUGCUCAAGGUGCCUAACGUUCAAAAUAAAAAUGAUGAUAGCUACAAUUCUGUGAUUCUGUGUUGCUGUUGAGUUAAUGCGUCCCUUGUCUUCUUUUCUGCAGCAGACCCAAGGUUUACAUGAUUAGUAAAAGAGACAAGGAUCUUGUGAACUGGCUCAAAAUCAUGCUAGCACCUUGAGGAAUCUCAUUCUCUAUUCCAUUAGUCCUUCCUUUCAUUAUUUACUGGUGCCAGUUAAGACGGUCCUUUUUAACUUACAGGUAGGGUGAUAAUGAUACUUCACAAACUUUUUAAAACUCCAGUUGUCAUAGGGCUGAAGCUUAUCAAUUAUUUUACUGUGCAAUCACUUCUAGAUGUUUUAUGGAAAGUGAUUCAUAAACAGAACCAAAAUGUAGUUUAUUUGCAGCUGACAUAAAUACUAUAAAUUAUUGAUAGUGUGUAUUUUUUUCAUAGAAUCAUAGAAUAGAAUCAUAGAGUUGGAAGAGACCACAAGGGCCAUCGAGUCCAACCCCCUGCCAAGCAGGAAACACCAUCAGAGCACUCCUGACAUAUGGUUGUCAAGCCUCUGCUUAAAGACCUCCAAAGAAGGAGACUCCACCACACUCCUUGGCAGCAAAUUCCACUGUCGAACAGCUCUUACUGUCAGGAAGUUCUUCCUAAUGUUUAGGUGGAAUCUUCUUUCUUGUAGUUUGAAGCCAUUGCUCUGUGUCCGCUUCUCUGGAGCAGCAGAAAACAACCUUUCUCUCUCCUCUAUGUGACAUCCUUUUAUAUAUUUGAACAUGGCUAUCAUUAUCGCCCCUUAACCUCUUCUCCAGGCUAAACAUGCCCAGCUCCCUUAGCCGUUCCUCAUAAGGCAUCGUUUCCAGGCCUUUGACCAUUUUGGUUGCCCUCCUCUGGACACGUUCCAGUUUGUCAGUGUCCUUCUUGAACUGUGGUGCCCAGAACUGGACACAGUACUCCAGGUGAGGUCUGACCAGAGCAGAAUACAGUGGCACUAUUACUUCCCUUGAUCUAGAUGCUAUACUCCUAUUGAUGCAGCCCAGAAUUGCAUUGGCUUUUUAGCUGCCGCGUCACACUGUUGGCUCAUGUCAAGUUUGUGGUCAACCAAGACUCCUAGAUCCUUUUCACAUGUACUGCUCUCAAGCCAGGUGUCACCCAUCUUGUAUUUGUGCCUCUCAUUUUCUUUGCCCAAGUGCAAUACUUUACAUUUCUCCCUGUUAAAAUUCAUCUUGUUUGUUUUGGCCCAGUUCUCUAAGCUGUCAAGGUCGUUUUGAAGUGUGAUCCUGUCCUCUGGGGUGUUAGCCACCCCUCCCAGUUUGGUGUCAUCUGCAGAUUUGAUCAGGAUGCCCUUGAGUCCAUCAUCCAAGUCGUUGAUAAAGAUGUUGAGUAAGACCGGGCCCAAGACAGAACCCUGUGGCACCCCACUAGUCACUCUUCUCCAGGAUGAUUAAACAACUAGGGACUGGCAAGAACUUUUCUUGCCUUUGCAUCAUCUCCCACUUCCCCUCUUUCUAGUGUGCAGAUUCUAGUGUGCUCAACAACUGCAAUCCUUAAAAAAGCUCAACAACUUUGAUCGGCCCUCACGCACGUUCUCUUCAUCAAAUCUGGCCCUCGUUGAAAAAAAUCUGGGCACUCCUGUCCUAUGCGAUCCACACAUUCAUAAGCUUAUAUCAGGAUGGAUUAAAAAUAGAUUUUUGUUAAUAAUAAUAAUAAUAAUAAUAAUAUCAAUGGUAGUUUUGUAACAAUCAAAUAGUGGCAAAUUAAAGUGAAAUCUGAACUGUUUACAAGCAAAUGCUUAAGUCUGUACAGUAGUUUAUAUUUUAUUUAUUUAAUCAUGACUGCUAACAGAUUAAAUGAAACCAGUUUUCUGUGCAUAAAAAGAACUCUGAGGAAAGAGAUCUCAUUUCUGAGGUUGAUCAUUAUAUAUAGCACCCUAAAUAAUACGUUACCUGUUAUUGUUGUAUUUGUGUUGGGUCCAAGUUAUUGCUAAGCAUUAGGCUCCAUGAGGUGCCCAUGGUAUAAGCUACCUGGUUUGCCUUCAAAGCCCAUAUGGGCAGCCUGGUACUCCUGUAGUAUUUCAAUGUUUGUAAUCCUUGUAUGACCACACUUAAAAUACUGUGAAUAGUUUGGGUGCCCAGUCUUCAUGAGGAUAUUGCAGAGCUGGAAAGGUUUCAAGAAAGGGAAAUCGAAAUUAUCAAUGGGCUGAAACAUCUUCUCGAUGAAGGAAGGAUACAUCUGCAGGGCAUGAAAAGAGGUUUAUAAAAUUUUGUGUGAUCUGAAGAAAAGUUUGUAACUGUCUCAUUACCAGAACUUGAAUGGUCAUGAUAUUCAAGGACAUUAAUUGAUAAAGUUUGCAGCUACUAGAUGUGUUAACAGACACUAGCUUAAGUAACUUUUAGAGGAGAUAAUGGAGGAUAUGACUAAUAGUCAUGACGGCUUUAAGUUUAAGAUACUUUACUACAGAUCUUUACAAACUUUUCAUGUUGGUGACACACUUUUUAGACAUGCAUCAUUUCGCGACACAGUAAUUCAGUUUUACUAGCAAACCAGAGGUUAAAGUAACCACUUUCCAGUCCUGGGAGGAGCGCAGGGAGCAUUCACACAACACACCUAAACACUGCAGCCGACACACUAACGUGUCAUGACACACAGUUUGGAAAGCUCUGCUUUACUAGAUGGUUUGUUCCUAUGAUCAUGUAAAGGCUCUUACAUACGAUCAGAGCUCCUCACUGUGUAAGGUUCUGUUGAAUUUUAGGCUGUCUUUUAGCUGGUAUAGUAUCAGUUGUUGGUAUCCAUGCUUGUUUGGAAAAUCUGUGCAUUUGAAAAUGAGAAACAUGCUCUUGAUGAUUUAAACAACCCAUCAUUUGUUGUGCACUCAAGCACAUUCACCUUUCAUUUCAACUCCUAUCAGACUUCCAGUUUUGCCUGGCAUCUCCACCCUGUUCUGCUACUGCCCACUUUAGGUAAAGGUAAAGGGACCUCUGACCAUUAGGUCCAGUCGUGGCCGACUCUGGGGUUGCGGCGCUCAUCUUGCUUUAUUGGCCGAGGGAGCUGGCGUACAGCUUCUGGGUCAUGUGGCCAGCAUGACUAAGCCACUUCUGGCGAACCAGAGCAGCACAUGGAAACGCCGUUUACCUUCUCGCCGGAGCGGUACCUAUUUAUCUACUUGCACUUUGAUGUGCUUUCGAACUGCUAGGUUGGCAGGAGCAGAGACCGAGCAACGGGAGCUCACCCCCUCGCGGGGAUUCAAACAGCCAACCUUCUGAUUGGCAAGUCCUAGGGUUAAACCACAGAGCCACCCGCGUCCCUUUACAUGUAUGGUUAUGACCCUAUUAUUUUCCAGGUAUGCAUUCUCUCACUGCAUUUGUGUGCCCACAGCCAUUCAUGUUAUACUUAGAUGGGGCAGAAGAAUCAAUUCAUUUCUCAGUUGGGAUGAAAACAAAUAGUCAUCCUAGCAGCUGUCAGUUAAGUGUUGAAUUAAUUGUUGAAGUGCUGACACUUAUUUUUGAAACGCACACAACUUAUUUUCAACACAAAAAAUAACUUCCCCUCUUCCCAAUUUACAAAUAGACUGUAAGUAGAAAUUUAUGGUUCCUUGGGAAAAUCACCUGAAAAAAUAAUAACUUUGAAAUUGCUUGAUUUGUCUGGUAUUGUGUUACAAAUUUUUAUCAAGCAAUGCAUUUUUAGAAAUGGGAGAAAAAUCAAUAGAAUAUUAUAUGACAUUAGGAAAAAGCUGGACUCUGCAGCCUGUUCAAAUUAUACAUACACAGCAAUUAUUAUUUUCCAUAAUUUUCUUUCUGUUAGCCAUGGAGAGGUAAAAAGGUGAAACCCCACAUCCAGCCACUAGAAGCCUCAUUCAGCCAUCCUUCUGGCUUCUACAAUGUCAGCCAUAUUUCAAGCAUAUUUAUGCAACCCCAAGGGCUCAGAACUUGUUUUUUCCAUGAAAGAUGAGAGUCUCAAGAAACUGAACUCUUAUGCUUGGAGAGAUGGUUCAUGGAAACAUGAUAGCAGCUUAGUAAAAUGUUCUGUGUGUUAACAAUUCUUUUAAGGUUCAGACUGAAGCCUCUCUCAGGCUUUCCUGCUCAGUAUGGGAAGGUUAGGCGUGGAGCAGGCAAGAAUGGAUUGGAGGGGAACUUGCCAUUCCCCCUUACACAUGUCAUCCCUGUACAUGUUCAUUUCAAUGCACGGAUAGGAUUUCAGGUUUCUGUGUUACUUUGGUCUAUUUAUUCAUCACUGUAGAUGGAUUUUCAUCUUUUUGAACUUUAGUUCAAAACUGACUUACUGAAAUUCGUCAUGUCUUCAAUACAUUCAGAUUCAUAUACUACCUUUUUCAUCUAUUAUUCCAGUGUGGCAUUCCAUGCUUUUAUAAUGAGGAACAGUGCUAUUAGGGUAGAAGAUUGAAAGCUUUCACUUUUGGUUUUGAAUAAAUCCGUUUCCUGAUACACAAGCUUUCAUUUUUCUUCCUUCAUGUGUGGAAAAGGGAGAGAGAGAGCACAUGUGGCAGAUCAACACAGCUCAUUCUUAUAACACUGAACGAUUAAUUAAUGAACAGUGACUGAGAUUUGUUUCCUUUAAUUUCCUUUAAUGUAUACUUGGGCUGUGUACACACCAUACAUUUGAAGCACACUCAGAGCACAUUCCCACCCCCACCCUCCACGCUAAAAAAAUAUCCUGGAAGUUUGGUCUUCACGGAGCUACAGUUCCUCAGCACCUGCAAAACUACAGUUCCCAUGGUUCUUUGAGUGAGUGUGCUCUAAAGGCAUGGUGUAUAUGCAGCCUUGGUCAAGAAUGUCAGUCUUUGUCUUAAGGUGUUUUGUUAAUUAAAAAAAAAAGUUUAUAAUAAAAAGCGUAACUAUAGUCAGUAAGCAUUGUUUCUUCGCAACCUGUUUUCUGUCCCUGUUCUACUCUAAUCUUUUGUAUAAAGCAUUUGCUGAGGUCUGGUUUAAAUGUUUUAUCACCCGCCUGAUAGAUUUUUAUUAGGAUAUUGUGGGUCCUUCAUGGAACAGUAUAUUAGACUUAAAUAUUCCUUUUCUAUACAGUUGCUUUAAUAUGACUGUCAUUGCACCCUCCAUUUUAGCAGGAAAAUCACAGGCCUGCUCUGCUUGGCACAGCUGUAGAACAUUCAAAUGCAUUAGGGGGAAUAUAUUAAAACCAGUUUUUUAAAUGAUUGUAUCACUUUGAGCUAUUUCAUGUGUUAGAUCUGUAAUUCAUUCUUUAAAAAUAUUUUGAUGCGUGACUGGAAAUGAAUUUGUAAAAUGGUGGAACUGGGUUUGGUUUGGUGUGACAUGAGCUUAGCUUACAUAGAUUCUUCAUCUUAUAUUUUUCAUGAGGUAUACACAACUUGACUGCAAAAAGAAUGGAAAGGAGACCAUACUGAUGAGCAGUACCUGGGUGAUGACUUGGUCCCAUCUGCCCAUCUCAUCCAGUUUUGCCUCAUCUUCUGUUUUCUUUGUUGCCUUCAUCCUGCCUUUCACUGUUCCUUGUUCUCUAUUCUCUUAUCUUAGGAGUCUGACUCUUUCUGCUUUUCUCUUCAGUCGACUUCUGCUAUUACUUUCUUCAAGGAACAGGGGGAGUGGUAUUCUUGUGACAGUGGCUGCUAUUGUACCAAUUCUUACCAUUGUCUGAGACCUCAGUGCCCCUUUAUUUGCAUACAUUGUUUUUCUAGGCAUGCAAGGAGUUGAUAGUUGGGAACUGGUGCAAUGGCUGACAAUUGUUACAAUCGUUUUCCCUUUUCUUCGAAAGCAGAGUACUGUACUGUUUUAUUCCUUUCUGCAGUUCUCAGAGUGAAGGGUACUUGGGGAGUUUCCAAAUGAAAGGAUGGUGGUUCCCCAAGCACCUUUUAUUACCUUACCUGCCACUUAACUUCAACUUGGAUUUGCUCCUGCCCAUCAGAUGGCAGGGAAUGUGUAUGGAAAUGUGGCCAAAUAUGUGGAAGAAGCAGCUAUUUUGGGGUAAGUGAGAGCCCCAAUAACUUUCGCAGCUGACUUUUCUAGAGACUUAUUUCUGGCUUCUAGCCCCUGCUUUUUCCCCUCUCAUCUGUCAGGCACCUCCUCUAUACCUUUACAUCAGGCCCUUGCCUCCUUUCUGUUUUACCCUAUUCAGGUGUAACUGUUCCUUGUAGCUACAUUAGCAAUGCAUCCUUGAAAUGUGCAUUGAAAUACAGUGGUACCUUGGUUCUCAAAUUUAAUCUGUUCCGGGAGUCCAUUCCAAAACCAAGGCGUGCUUUCCCAUAGAAAGUAAUGCAAAACGGAUUAAUCUGUUCCAGGCUGUUGAAAAACUACCCCUAAAACGCUUCUCCCCUCCCCCCAAUCAGCGCGAUCUUUUGAUCUCGAUCUCUCUCUCCUCAAAGCAGCUGGGCUGUAGAGCGCUGCCGGGACACUUCUCCUCACCUCCCCAAUCAGUGCAAUCUCUCUAGAAACAGAAGCGCAACACUAAAAACAGAAGCUCAGGACACAUUUGACUUCCCAAAAAAUUUCGAGAACCAGAACGCUCACUUCUGGGUUUGCGACGUUCGGGUUCUAACUUGUUCGAGAACCAAAGUACCACUGUAUAACUGAGAGAGACUGCAUCUGCGUGAGGAGAGACUGCAUCUGCAUGAGUGAAUGUUGGUCUCAGCUUCCUUUCCCUUUGCUUCAACUUCUUUUAAGUCUCUGCUUCCUACAGGUUCAUCACUUUUUCCCCCUGAAAUAUAUCCUAGGUCAGGAGUGGGGAACCUCCAGUCUGCAGAUCAAAAGUUGCCUUUCAGGUCUCUCUGUCUAGCCCUUGGGACUCCACUUAGGCCUAGCCAUAUCCUUCACCAUCCAUGAGUGCUUCUGAUCCUUUCCACCACUAGCAUGUAGUCCCAUAAGAUUGCUCACUGAAAAUAAUCUGCACCCAGUCCUAGGCAUUUCAAACACCCACCCACCCACCAUGGUUCUAAUUGCAACUUUUAGUUGUUGAACCUUCAGGGUUUUGGAUAAGCAAACGAAGCAUGUUCUGUUGACUAGUGGCAUCACAACCUCCCUUCUUUUUGCCUUAAAAGAUUGUUUCUUACUUGUAUUCUGCAGGAAGUAUUUGGAGUUCAGCAGACAUUCACCCAAGCACAAACAGGUUCUUCAAAUGCUGUAGUGCAGACAACAGAAAAAUAAUUACAGAAGAUGCGGCACUAUUUAAUGUGUCAUCUGUUUUAUGCUUAUCUUCACAACAGUCAUGUGAAAUAAACCAUUGUUCAAGUUUUUCUUGUGAGAGACCGUGGACCAAAGUAUGCACAGUGUUAAAUUCAUGUUCACAGUUAAUGUAUCUGUAUUUUUUGUUAAAUAGUAGUGAUGUGUGUAUAUUCAGGGUCAGCUGCUAUUGCACAUCAGAAACCUGGGAGAGGCCAUUUUCAUUGGGAACUUAAUGUGAAGGGAAAGUUGUAUCCUGCAGUCCUGAUCUCUCCCUCCUUAGUCCUCUCCCUACAGCUCCUUGUGUGGCUGUUAUUGAACCCUAAAGCAACCCAGAUAUGUUAAAUGUGAUCACAGGAUGUUCUUGGUGGUCAUAUGCUAGUUGUGGAGUACUUUCCCCAGAGAGAUUUGUCUGGCACCUAUAUUAUUGUCCACUGGGCACCAGGCUAAGACUUUUGUUUAUUUUCCUAAGCUUUUUAGAUUCAUUUUGAAUCCUUUUAAUCCUCCUUUACUGUUUUACGCUACUUUUAUGAUUUUGUGACUUUUUGCUGAUUGUACUGUGUUAGAAACUGAGAUAUGAAAGUUAGGAGCUAAAUGGCAUCUUAAACCUAGGUUAUGGGUGCCACAACGGAAUGUUGAGGCACACUUUUUUAAUAAUAAGAAUACAAAAUUGGAAAUGAAUGAACUGCCCCUAAAAUGUUAUGUUCAUUUUUCACAUGGUCUUGUCCUCAUCUGAAGACUGUAAAAAAUAAAGCCAUGCUUUCCCUGCCCUCCCCUCAAAACACUGCCUUUCUGUGAGGCCAGCUUCGAGGCAGAACCUAUCAGCUUGCCUGACGCUGCAGUGAUUUCUUGAAAGUCAAGCAAGCAGGAAUUUCUCCUCCCAUGCCAUCAGCAGCGGCAGUUUUAAUCUGAAAUCUUAGUCACAGUACUGUGCCCAGAGCUCAGAAAUUGCUUGAGCUAAUGAAAUUCCCAGUGGCAAAAUGCACCUAGAACAAUGGGAGUUUUGAACGCUGUUAUUGUAUGUUUGUAUUUCUCUUUUCAGUUGUUUUGUUCUUUUCUGUAAGCCAUCCUGGAAUAUAAUUGAAAGGUGGUAUAAAAAUGUUUUAUUUUUAUAUAGUUGGAACAGGGUAAAGAGAAUGUUGAAAAUGUAACAGUUGACUUUAGGAAUUUGUUUGCUGUUAGAUCCAUUCAGCAGUCCUCCUCUUUCCCCCUCCCCCUACCCCAGUCUAAUGCUGCAGUUUUAGGGCAACAGGCAGUCGCUUGGUUGUCUUGCUAAACCAGUUUCUUUAGGGGGGGGAAAUCACAAAUGGAAACUGCUGGUAGAACAUAGUUUCUAGACCAUGGGUAGGCAAACUAAGCCCUGCAGGCCAGAUCCGACCCAAUCGCCUUCUAAAUCCGGCCCGUGGACAGUACUGGAAUCAGCGUGUUUUUACAUGAGUAGAAUGUGUUCUUUUAUUUAAAAUGCAUCUCUGGGUUAUUUGUGGGGCAUAGGAAUUUGUUCAGUUUCCCCCCACAAAGUCUGAGGGACAGUGGACCGGCCCCCUGCUGAAAAAGUUUGCUGACCCCUGACAUAAUGUAUGCCUAUGCUGUUUGCAUAAUUAAUCUAUGGGUUUUUAUUUGGACACACAAAGUACAUGCAACUAUGAAGCUGUAUGGAAACUGACCUGGAAGGGAGCAAUUGAUCACAGUAUCUUGUAGUACGGUUUGCUGUCAAAAGGCAAAAACCUAAACUGUUUGUACAUUUACAUGCUGUCAAGAAAGUUACUUGGUAUGUAAGAGUCUUUUUAAUGUUUCAGCUUUUGAAGGGAAGGCAUGGCAGUAGCAAACUGGAGCUGUUUCUUUUGGUGCGCACUGGCCAGAACACACCCCCCCCCCCGGCAGGUGGACAAUUCUUUUUUAUUGGUUCUGCCAUUUGAGUUCUUGCUUUGCUGUGCUUCCCUGCAGCAUGGAAAAAGUGACUGCACCUAAAAGACACUGUAGGAGGCAUGUCCUUAGGGACUAUAUGUAUUCUGAAAACUAUGUAGCAAAUGUGCAUCUUCGACUUUGGAAUAGUUAUGUAACUGCUGAAAGCAGAUCAGUCCAACAUGUGCCUGGUAUAUAUGCCUUAUUCCACAGUUAUAAAUCCACUGUGAUAGACACCUUGCUACACACAAAAAACUACUACUUUUCAUCAAACCCAGGCAAGACACCCUAGUUCUAGAAUACAUGUGUGUGAUCAGUGGUGGAUUAAAUACAGAUGUAAGAAUUUAAACUAAAUUCAGAUAAGAUAGCUGAUGAUAACUCAGUAGACUGGUUGAAGAAAUACCUUUUUUGAAUAGGGUCAACUUUGCUGUAAAAACCAAGUUUGUAACUUACGUUUGUUGCUGGACUCACUGUUGUUCCUUAAUUCCUAGCUGAUGGCUACGAUCUGGAGUGCCUUUUAUCGGCUUUGGCUGAUAUACUGACUAAGCCUGUUGCUGGAAAAUAGAAACCUGACCAUGGUUAUCCAUACAUUGGUUGCCUCCAAUAUAGAGUAUUGUGUUCUACAUGUGGCUGCCUUUGACAAUGACUUGAAAACUUCUAGUGCAGAAUGCAGAAGCCUCUACGUGUGGUCUGAUAUUGACCCGUUUUGAAGUAUCCUUUCAUUCCAGGUUCAGUUCAGAAGAGCUUAUUCUUGCUGUUAAAGCCCUAAACAGAUUGGUCCUAACUAUCUUAGGAAAUGUGUUGCGCAGCAGGGUUUCUUCCAUAGCAGCCUUAAUGCUGUGCAGCUCACUCCCAAGAGAUGUUUGUACAAUUACCUCCCUGUUGGCUUUUCAAAGGCAGGCAAAACUGUUAGCCUUUGAAAACUGACUGCUCCUCCCCCCUUCCCCCCCCCCCCCGUUUUCCUGUCCUUAGUUGUUUCUGGGUUUUUGAUUGUUUGAUUUUAUAGUGUUUGGUUGAUUUUUUAAGAAAAACAAAACAGGAAAAAAAACCCUAUAAGCAACAUUGUUGAUUUUUAUAAGUGGCAGUCUUAGUUGUUUUAGGGGAACUUUGGAAAGGUAGCAUAAAAUCUUUUAAAUAAGAAAAUCCAAAUAUUGAAGCCUGAAUAAAUUGUGUAAAUCAAGGAAGUGUGUGUACAUUUAUCUGACCUCCUAGCAGAAUAGGAAAGGAGUUAUAUAGAGCAUAUGACAGCCCGGACACUGAGGUCCAGCUCCGAGAGUCUUCUGGCGGUUCCCUCACUGUGAGAAAUGAAGCUACAGGCAACCAUGCAGAGGGCCUUCUUGGUAGUGGCGCCCACCCUGUGAAAUGCCCUCCCAUCAGAUGUCAAGGAAAUAAGCAACUAUCUGACUUAUAGAAGACAUCUGAAGGCAGCCCUGUUUAGGGAAGUUUUUAAUGUUUGAUGUUUUAUCACUUUUUUAUUAUCAUUAAUAUUCUGUUGGGAGCCGCACAGAGUGGCUGGGGAAACCCAGCUAGAUGGGCGGGGUAUAAAUGAUGAUGAUGAAAUACCCCACCCCUGAAAUUCCUAUCCUCUAUGGCUUCUGAGUUAGACUGUACCUCAGUGGUUGAGCACAUGUUCUGCGUGCAAAAGGCCCCAGGUUCAUUUCCUGGCAUCUCUAGUAAAGAGGAUUGAGUGGAGAAGACCUGUGUCCAAGACUGCUUGGAGCUGCUGCUAGUCAGAGUAGACAGUAUUGUGCUAUAGACAGGUAACCAGUCCUGAUGUGAACUAGGAACACGAGAAGCUUUUUCACUAGGCACUUCCCAUGAGUUUUUAAGCUGCAUGUCACAGCUGUAGGGUCUAGAACAGGGGUCGGCAAAGUUUUUGUGCCUUGGGCCAGUUCACAGUCCCGCAGACGCCACGGUGGGCUGGAGUGUGCACGCACGCAUGAGCAAACGCUAUUUCCGGCACAGAGGAGGCGUGCGCAGCUUCCCAUUGGCUGCAGGAGCUUCCAGCAGCCAGUGGGAAGCUGUCCAGCUUUGCAGAAGGCGGUCCCCACUCCCCUCCAUGCCGGUUUAGCAUGGUGCACGGGAGCUGGCCGAGUGGGCGAUGGAGGGCCAUGGGCCGGUUAAGUGACCCCCAUGGGCCGCUUGUGGCCCAUGGACCUUAGGUUGCUGACCCUUGGUCUAGAAUCAUCUAAAAAAAUAAAAGCCAAGGACAGGGAAUACCAAGUUCCAUGCUACAUUACAAUCUGUGUCUUUUGAAUGUGUACCUGUAGACACAUAGGAACCAUACAACUUAGUUGGAUACCUGGGGGGCUCAUAAUUUGUUUCUGGCAAAACUGAUGGGUGGGCGGACUAGUGUGUGCAAGAGUUUUCAAUUAUGUGUGAAUAAAUGUGUGAUUAUUAUUAUUUUUAAUUAAAUCUGAGAAGUAUUUUACUGUACCAAUUCAAUGAAGUUUAAUUGUGCAGCACAUUAAUUCUGUUGUAGUGUUGAACAUAAGAAUAGGGAAGUAUGUUAAUAAUGAUGUUAAAUGGAUGAAUGCCAGUGCUGGUGACUGACCUUGGAUAAACUAUUUUUUGUUAUGUGCCAUCUUUCAAUUAGAUGAGGCCAUUUAUUUGGAACUGUGUUUCAGGACCUUCCUCUGCUCUGAGGAUCAGAUGAAAGCCGCAUAUUUUCCAGCAGUAGAAUUAAUUCCCUGCCCCAACCCCCAGCAAUAAGAUGAAUAAGCCAUUAUUAAUAAGAAUGUUUAACAACUUGUGUGGCAAAUCCUGUACUCUGUUUAGGUUAGGCAGCCAAUGAUUUCACAGGGAUAAGUUCUUUUAGUUAUGUUUAAGCCACUGACUUAAUUUUCUCCUUCUUUUCUAGACAAGAUGUUCAGCUGUUGAGCAGCAGCUUUCUUCCUGUGAACUGCUGCCGAUUUCCUCGUGCUGUAAAGCCAGAGUUCCAUGACCUGCACGGGGUGCUUUGGUGCUCUGCUUCCCCAAGGCAGUCAUGUGUUAGUUCUCUCCGACAAUUCAUCUUGCUCCAGAGGAGUUACUUCCUUGGUAUUCUGGAAUACAAGGUGCUCAAUGAAUCGGGAGCCCCCAUGAAUGAAACAGCCAGCUCUUGCCAGCAGAUGGCUAAAAACUGCAGCACACAUGUAGCAGGGAUGGCGCAAGAGGACAGAGCUCAAGUGCCACCCACUUUCUACCAUGGUGCCAGCCAGGAACUUGAUUUGUCCACCAAAGUCUACAAAAGGGAGUCUGGGAGUCCUUACUCCGUAUUGGUGGACCCAAAAGCAAGUAAACCACAUCUCCAUGAAAGAGAGGAACAGCCAUAUUUCAAGGAGGACAGAACAGUAGGAGAGGUCCGAGCCGUGAAAGAAGACAGGGAGAACUCUGACGACUUGCAGGAGGACGAGGAGGAAGAUGAAGUGACUUACAAAAGGGAGCAGAUAAUAGUAGAGGUAAACCUUAACAACCAAACAUUAAAUGUUUCAAAAGGGGAGAAGGGGGUCCCCUCCCAAUCCAAAGAAACUGCUGUUCUUAAGACCAGCAGUGAGGAAGAGGAGGGUGACAGUGGGGAGGAAGAGGCCACUGAAGACAGUAAUGAUGAGGAGGAGAAUGAGAGGCAGAAGAAAAAAGAGCAAAGAGAGGAGAAAGAUAGUGUUGCACAAAGGAGGACAAGGAGAGCUGCAUCUGCUGCAGCCGCCACAACUUCCCCUACUUCCAGAACUACAAGGGGCCGUAGAAAGAGCGUUGAGCCCCCCAAGCGUAAGAAGAAAGCUGCAAAGGAGCCCAAGGCACCUGUGCAGAAAUCAAAGUGUGAAGAAAAGGAGACUUUGACCUGUGAGAAGUGCCCCAGGGUGUUUAACACACGCUGGUAUCUGGAGAAGCACAUGAACGUCACUCACAGGCGCAUGCAGAUCUGCGACAAGUGUGGGAAGAAAUUUGUUCUAGAAAGUGAGCUCUCCCUCCACCAGCAAACAGACUGUGAAAAAAACAUUCAGGUAGGUUCUCUUGCCUGCUUGCAAGAUUUCCCUGCCUUCUGCUGUCCCCUGGACACUUCGAAAGGGGGGAAAUCCUUUGAGGAGAACAAGGUCCCAAGCCUUUCUGCUUCUGUCGGCGUUUCCUGUUGCUCACCUAAGGAAACUAACCUGUAUGAAUGGGGGGUGGGAAAGGGAGGGAGUAAGAAGUGGCUCUUAGGGUUUUUCUGCACAACAUUACAGGUGAGGUGAAAUAUAAGGUGCUUCAAAAUAGAGCUUAAUGCACUCUGUGCUGGUUAGUAUGAGCAGAGGUUUAUUUCCAACAAUCAUGAACAUGAAGCUGAGCUUGCUGUGCUCUAGGCAAUUCAGGUUCUAAGGACAGGCUGAAUUUAAAACUUGUAUUUAUUUAUUUUAGUAAUUCUGCUUGUAGAAUGUGUGGUGUCACAUGCUUUGAUAAGGAAGGAGGGAAAACUUGAAUUGAUGGGCAGGCAAAUACAAGGAUGGAUCCAGAUGCUGUUUCAUGCAAGACUAUUUUCCUACCUCGAUAGUAUUUCCAUGUAGGAAAGCUGUAAACACUCAUGUGCAACAAAUGGACAGGAGUCCGAGUAUACUAGAUGGCUUAUUGCAACUUAUUGCUCAUGUCUGCUUGUGAAAUAGACUUUUGUACACACAUUAAAUAACUAUGUAUGGAAUGAUCUUGUGUGAAACUGUUCUAGGUGCCACAACGGGGAGAGAGACUGCUGCUACCACAAAGAGAUGAAGUAGGGAUUGUGAAGCUGUAGGUUUUAUGAAGAGUCCUAUAGAAACUGCAUACAAUCACCACAAAUCCUGCUCAGGGUUCUCUCCUCAUCACAAACUUUAUUUAUUCAGAGUCCUUGCAUUUUAUUUUAUUUAGAAAAUCCUAUAGACUGCUUAAUUAAAAAAAAAAUCCUACACGGUGUACAUAAUAAAACAAUUAUCAACAAAACACAAACAAAACUUUUAUAAAACAUUACCUAAUUAAAUUAUAUGUCUGGGUAGACCUACUAAAUUAAAAAUAGUUCCCAGGCAUCUAAAAUAAUACAGUAUUGGUGUCUGCUAUAUUGACUUCAAUGGAAGUAAAACUGCAUUGACAUCCAGAUUCUGUGUAGCACAAGUACUUAUGAAGAAACCCUCAAAGCACACCGUCUUAGGAUGCUUGCCGACAUUCUCAGCCUUGAAUUUUCUCCAUCUCUGAAAACCAGGGCCGUCAAAUUCUUAAAGGGCGGAUACAGAUAAAUUGGUUGCUUUGCUAGGAUGAGAACAAAAGCAGGGACAAACAUGUGAAUCGUUGGAUCAUACUAGUGGGAUGACUUGGUUACAUUAGAUAAUGUUAAAGAGUAUGUUGAAAAGGGUAUUAAAAAUACAAAAGCAACCCUUCUAAAUUAGACCAAAUGCUCCUGUUUGUAUUGAAUCUCCUUCUAGUAAGUUUCAUUAGAUGACCUUGAAUUUUAGUACUAUAUGAGAGAGAGAGAGAGGCUGAAUCUCUGCCUGUUUUUCUCUACACUCUGCAUAAUUUUAUAAACUUUUCUGAAACUGCCCCUUAUUCACCUUUUUUACUUAACAAAUAAGUCUCACGUGUAGCUACGGCGGGACAGAGCCUCCUUUCUCACCUUACAUAAUUUGUGUCCGUUGGUGAAGGUGGGGAGAGAAUAUCAGGGACUUCCAAGUGAAGAGGGAAAGUGCUUUGAUUUCAGGUAAAGACUUUCCUGUUUACAUUUAUGAGGGGCUGGGGACAAUUUUAGUGUUUCCUUGAGUACUUUUAAAAAAGCAAGCUGCAGCUCAAAGCUUUGUUGAUAAAUAAUCAGCCUUACAGCUUUGAAAAAUGAACUGUAUGGCAAAGAAGUGAGAAGGGAACCAUAAAGCUGAUCUCUCAGCCCAGACACAACAGCAGCAUAACUUUUUAAGUAUAUAAAAGGAAAAACUACUCCAGGCAUCUCAUAGCCAUAAGCAGUGAAUUCCUUCUCUUCCCCCCCCAAACAAAAAAAAUGUGUCACCCAAAAUGUUUGCCCUCCAAACUCGCUCAUUCUCCUAAGGUGCCCCACAACCCUCCAUAAACAUGCCAAAAACAUGGUCGUGAAUUUGUUCCCAUGGCCUGGUUUGCAUUGUAACUAUUAUUUAAAUUUGACAGUGCAUGUUGCUGAAAUUGUGGUUGCAGUGUUCAUCUCCUGCUUUUGGCUUAGCAUUACGUCAUGUGUAUGGUUGUCUGGAACUGCAACCUCUCAGCCGUUUGACUUCACCCCCCAAAGGCACACUUCUUCAUUGUCUCCCAAGGCAGACAAUAUGCUCUUUGCAAGCCCUUCAUGGUGCAUUGUAUUAUAUUAAUAUUUAUAUAUAUAUAUAUAUAUAUAUAUAUAUAUAUAUAUAUAUAUACACACACACAUACACACACACACACACACACACACACACACACACCCUGCCCAUCUGGCUGGGUUUCCCCAGCCACUCUGGGGGGCUUCCAACAAAAUAUUAAAAUACAAUAGUCUGUCAAACAUUAAAAGCUUCCCUAAACAGGGCUGCCUUCAGAUGUCUUCUAAAAGUUUGAUAGUUUUUUUCCUCUUUGACAUCUGGUGGGAGGGCGUUCCACAGGGCAGGUGCCACUACCGAGAAGGCCCACUGCCUGGUUCCCUGUAACUUGGCUUCUCGCAGUGAGGGAACCGCCAGAAAGCCCUUAGCACUGGACUUCAGUGUCCAGGCAGAACGAUGGGGGUGGAGAUGCUCCUUCAGGUAUACAGUGGUACCUUGGGUUACAUAUGCUUCAGGUUACAGACGCUGAUGACCCAGAAAUAGUACCUCAGGUUAAGAACUUGGCUUCAGGAUGAGAACAGAAAUCAUGCUCCGGUGGUGCGGUGGCAGCAGGAGGCCCCAUUAGCUAAAGUGGUGCUUCAGGUUAAGAACAGUUUCAGGUUAAGAACAGACCUCCGGAACGAAUUAAGUACUUAACCCAAGGUACUACUGUACUGGGCUGAGGCUGUUAGGGCUUUGAAGGUCAGCACCAACACUUUGAAUUGUGCCCGGAAACAUACUGGGAGCCAGUGUAGGUCUUUCAAGACCAGUGUUAUAUGGUCUCGGUGGCCGCUCCCAGUCACCAGUCUAGCUGCUGCAUUCUGGAUUAGUUGCAGUUUCCAGGUCACCUUCAAAGGUAGCCCCACAUAGAGUGCAUUACAGUAGUCCAAGUGAGAGAUAACUAGAGCAUGCACCACUCUGGCGAGACAGUCCUCAGGCAGAUAGGGUCUCAGCCUGCGUUCCAGAUGGAGCUGGUUAACAGCUGCCCUGGACACAGAAUUGACCUGCGCCUUCAUGGACAGCUGCGAGUCCAAAAUGACUCCCAGGCUGCAUUGAACUUCUGGUGACCAUCACCUGAUGGCACUGUGAUGUUGUGCAAACAGCCCUGCCCACCCGUCAGCUUUGGCCCACAAGGAUGUAGGAGCGAUAAGGAUUUGACCCAUGUUCCCCACCCCUGGUUUUGAAGUGACAUGUGGAUCAGGCCACUGACAGACAGACAGAAGCUGCCUCAUUCUGAGUCAGAUCAUUGAUUUGUCUAACCCAGUAUUGUGUUGGCAGUGACUCUCCAAUAUUUCAGACAAGAAUCUCCCAUGCCUAUUGGAGAUGCCAGAUAUUAAACGUGGGACCUUUUCAAUGCAAAAGCAUGUGCCCUCAUAUUGCUGUUUAAAUCUGAAGGUAAAUUGUCACAAAGAAGACAGUCGAACAACUGUCAUUGCCCAUUUGACAAAAGUUUCAUUACCAUUUAUCCUUAUUACAUUGGCUUGCUAAGGUGCAGCAAUUAAACCAGCAAUUCUGAUGGUUAAGUCCUGUUGAAUUUGGGCUUAUGAGUAAAUCUGAAUCAAAUCGGUCUGUAAAUGUGGUUAGCUAUUUGAAGUUACUCGUAAACUCAUUGACAUGUUUUAGGCUUAGGCUACUGCUAGAAUGGGGUUGCCAACCUUUUUGAACCAGUAGAAGUGUUUCAAUUUUUGAGAGAGUGCUAAGGGCACCAAUCACAAAAUGGCUGUCAUGGGGACAUGUUGCAUAACACAAAAUGGGUGUCACUAGACUUGGCAUAACACAAAAUAGCUGCCAUGGGGAAUGGCGUAACAUAAAAUUAGCCAGACAGCCAUACACAUACAUUUAAAUGUUGUUGCUGUUUUAAGAACAGUACCAGGAAAAAUAUACAAGAUGGCCACAUCACGCUCACUCAUUUCACAGAAAUCACUUAGAAGAUUCCUGCACGUUUUGCCCCAUAACCUCCUUUCUAGGGGGGCUAGUGACUUGCUUUAAAAGGGGGGGGGAGCUCAGAAUCUGGGGUACUAGCCCAGGGUGAACGCUGUGCUGGAUCUUGAAGUGAUUGUAUAAAUCUAAAACCUUCUGGAUAAAAGCAUUCAGUAUAUUGAUGUGUAUUUUGAAUUUGCUUAUGCUGUUUAAUUUUUUUUUAAUGGGAUAAAUGUACAAAGGGUAUCAGUGUCUCUUAAUCUGGUGCCUGUGUAAAUAGUCAUUGCAUCAGGUGUUGCAUUGCAGGAAUACUAUAUCAGAUUUGAUGAGUCAAAGUAUAGGCUGUUUCCAAGAACCAGGCAGAGUUUUUGGGCAGUCUUAUCUGCAGCAGAGCAGAUUGAACUCCGACAAGAAACUUCUGGGGUUGCAGGGCCUGUAAAUGGUGGGGUUGAUGUCAGAGACUAUUACCCUAAGCAGUCCAGGAAUGAAUAUGAAAAUGGGGUCCUUGUGGGAACAAAUGUUUGAUGAAUGAGUUGGCAGGACUUUGCGCUAGCAACUGCUAGCUCUCUUCCUUUAAGGGUUCCUGUACUCAGAAGCCAGCUAUUCUGAUUGUGUUAACAUUUAUCACCUGUAGCAAAGGACUAAGGGAACUAAUAGGCAAACCUUCCGAAGCUCCUACUAUUGGCUGCCUUUUAAGCUAUUGCCUGUUUGGGUGGUGACAUACCUGCAUCUGGUGGCUAAGAAGUGGAAGACUUGCAGAGCUGUCAUUCGUCAGACACUGGAGCUAUGUACCAUGGCUAAAGAACUGGAUCUUGUUUUGGAUCAGGGAAACCUCGUGUGUUCAAUAGAUUUGCUGUAUUCCAAGUGCUUGAUAUUAUUGCUGGGAUCCGGUUGUUUUCAUUCAUCCCUCCAAAAAGUCCUCUGCUAUUCCAGGUUCCAGUUUUUGUACCUGGGUAUGAUUUUGGUACACGGAAGCACAGAAGCUGCUGCUUCACUUCACUAGUUCCAACUCCUCAUUCUGCUACCACUGUCUCAGCUAGGACAAUCCUCCUGCCAUGUUCAUUUGGAACUCGAAUCCAGUUAACUUCUGUCUCCAUAUCUCCCUGAAUCCUACAAGUAAAUUAAAGAAGAGUCACAACCUGAAGUCCACUAAGGUGGACUGUGGAGUGGGCUAACUAGUUCAAAGGAUGCCAGGGGUUGAGUUAGAAACCUUCAAAGUUCUUUAAAGUGUUAGGAGAAAGGAUUAAGUAUUUCUGUUUAAAAUGCUGUUUAACUUUUAUAAACUGCUGUUGUUGAUACAUUUAGCAUAAUUUAUACCGGGGGGCAAAAUCCAGCUUUUCUUGGUAUAGAAUUUCAGUUUUUAAGCUCACAGUACACACGGCCAUGUGCGUAACUGGGCCAUUGGGGGUUGUGUUAAGGUUUGUGCCUAUAUGCAUUUCUAACUCAUAAUCAUGUUGUCUAGUACUUGAUGUAAAUUGUGUUACAGGGUGUUUUAUUUGCUGUGUCGAUCCAAUUUUUACUUUUCUAAGCCAUUUUGGAGUUGUGUUUGGAGAAAAUGGAGGCAUUAGUUACUAAAACAACAAAAAUUAUUUUGACUACUAAUUGAUAAGUUCAAAUUUGUCUCCCUUUGCAACCAAGGGUCAUUACUUCCAACUUACAUUAACUUGUUUAGAUGUAAUGAAUCUGUCAUAAAUCCCUGGUAGAAGGAAAACAUUUGGAUGUUAUUUUCUACUCCCUCCUUCCAGUCCCAGUUACUGUCCAAACUCUCGCAAUUCCUAGAAUCUGGAUAAGAAAGGCUUCACUUUAGAUUUACUCGGUUUGCAUAAUAUGGGGCUUUCUAGACUUCACAAGUUCCAAUCACUGUGUACAAAUGAAAACGUGCUGGCAUCUAUCUGAGUUAGAAUAUCACUGUCUCUAAACCAGCUAAAAUAAAUGAAAAAAUUGUCCAGUAGCACCUUAGAGACCAACUAAGUUUGUUCUGGUUAUAAGCUUUCGUCUGCAUGCAUACUUUUAGACCAGCUAGUACAAGUUAUAUUUUAGCCUCUGAAUAGGGUUUGUAAUAGUGUGAUCCUAAUCUUUCUUUCCCAUCCACACCAAUCUUGGAUUGGUUUCACUCCCAUCACAGCCACCAGGUUUUUAAUCUAGAUGUAGCUGCUGUUCGGAAGCAGCAGGUGGCGAUGUAAGUCCAAGAACAACCCACUCAUUCUUUAAUCGGACUUUCAGCUUUUGAGCUCUGCCGGCGCAGCAGAAUUACAGUGAAGUGGGUGGCAUUUCAGCAGUUGCCACAAAAUAAUGUAUCUAGGGUUGUGGUUUCCUUCCGUAUUUCACUGCAUUUCGGUUACAGCUGGCUUGUCCCAUCUGAAAUGAGCUCUGUGUGAAUUGCACUUCUUUGUCCCGUCCAUCCUCAGUGUGUUUCCUGUAAUAAAUCGUUCAAGAAGCUAUGGUCCCUCCAUGAGCAUAUCAAGAUUGUCCAUGGGUAUGCAGAGAAAAAGUUCUCCUGUGAGAUAUGCGAGAAGAAGUUCUACACAAUGGCUCACGUGCGAAAGCACAUGGUUGGUGAGUUUUUGCUGCCCAUAUUGUGGUUCCUUAUCUCUCUGCUGCUUGUUUCCGAGAACGUUCAAAGUACUUUCCUUAUACUGUUGCCAGUGCCUCCUGGGUUAUAAAUAGACAAAUGAUCUGUCUAUGUCUCCUCUCCAGUACUGUAACCUUAUUCUCAUCAGCCAUUGCCAUCUCUAUUUGCAGCUGAGGCCAAAAUGUGGAGGGAAAUACCCUUGUCAACAAAAUGUUCACAUGGGAAAAAACAUUGCAGAGUUCGAAGGAACCCUGAGGGUCAUCUAGUCCAACCCCCUGCAAUGCAGGAAUAUGCAGCUGUCCCUUACAGGGAUUGAACUAGCAAGCUUGGCAUUGCUAGCACCAUGCUGUAACCAGCUGAGCUGUUGGUGAGAUCAGUGCUGUUACCUGCACCAGCAAAACUACCUUUGCUCUGAAAUUCAAAUUCUGUUCUUCUGAUUUGCAAAAUUUAUAUACCAUUUGAUGGUGAAAACAACAGAGCUGUCAACAGAACAAAAAUCAAACAUUCAGAUUCUCAAUUAAAAGAAAUAAAAACAAUUUCAAACAUAAUUACUAAAAUAAUAACAAAGAGAUACAACUCAACUUCUACAUGGUCUGCAUCGGUUUUGCCUAAACAAAAAUGUUUUAAGAAGGGAGUUCUGAAGUGUGGGUCCUGUGGUUAAAGUUAACGCCUUGAACUUGGCCUGGUAGAUCUCUGAGCAGAGGUGUUCCAUGCAGACAGGGCCUGUCAGCAACCAGGCACUAACUGCAGCUUCUGCAUGAAACACAAGGGAAGUCCCAACGAGAGUGCAUUGUGGUAAUCCAGCCUUGAAGUCACCAGUGCCUGAACUGUGGCCAGGCUCUCCCAGUCCAGGCACGGCUGUCCCACUUGCAAAUCAAAUCCAUGCACAAGAAUGCAAACACAUCUGCACGUGGGCCUCGCAACAACCCUAUAAGGUAGGAGAGAGGGAGAGAGACUGGCUCUCUCAGUGAGUUUCAUACCCUCAGGGGAGAAUCUGAACUCAAGUCUUAUCAGGUCUGAAGUCUGACACUAUUUCCUUCCUACCAGGUUCUUACUUAGUAAACAUUUUCUUCGACAAAGCUGAGUUACAGCAGAAUCUGCCCAAGACACAAAGGUUACAACAGCAUCCUGCUCAGUAAUGAAUAACUUGUUUAACCAACAACCUAGAAGAUCAUACCAGAUUUUACAUUCCAACUUGACAUUUCUAAAGCCAGGCUACCUUAUUAUUCAGUUGUUUUGUUAAAUCUGCUCAGUGCAGGAGCACCAAGUGCUGACUUUGAUGUGUGUUAUUUUACCCAAUAAUAUACCUGGGAAGUUUAAGAUUACUAGUGUGAUGUUGAGCAGGGUAGGCAUGAUAGUAAAAGGCUGCUUUCUUCCUUGAUAUUAAGUCUUAUGUAUGUAGUUUUUUUACUUUUAUCCCCGGGGUCUUAUAAAGAUUUUCAGCAGAAGAAAGUUUUUCUCAUAGUCUGAUUAUUAGCCUUUUUCUCAAUUAGUAAUGGCUCUAUGGACAUAUCUGAUGUGUUCUUUGGGUCCCUCCUCCUCUGGGGCUGUUGUGCACAGCAAUGGGCUUUUUAUGGUUCAAAUUUCACAUGCCAUUUUAAAUUGCUGGUUCUUAUUGUGACUAGAGAUGGGAAGGCCUGGAAAAAACCCAGAAAAAUGGGGGGGGGGACUGAUUUUUUUUCCGGGGGAGAAACGGAUUUGGAAAAUCUAAUUAUGAUAUUGUUUUAUUUCGUUUAUAUUUUAAUUAUUUUCUUAUAAACCAUCCUGGAAGCAUUCUGGCUGAAGGGCAUUAUAGAAAUAAAAUAAACAUCAGUUAUGGAUAUUAGUACGUUGGUUUGAAGAGUCCUUUGUCAGUAUAUGAGAUUCGACUCAGUGGCUUUUUGACCCUUUCCAACCUCUUUUUUUUUGCCCAUCACAGCAGAGUGGAAUUCUGGAUAGAACUAAGCAUUGUUUUCACCACUUACUGAUUCUCCUCUCUAAAUACUUGUUCCCUAAUUUGUCUUUUCAGCACACACUAAGGACAUGCCAUUUACAUGUGAAACCUGUGGAAAAUCCUUCAAACGCAGUAUGUCACUCAAAGUUCAUUCCCUGCAGCAUUCGGGAGAGAAGCCUUUCCGGUGUGAGGUAUGCACUCUUGCUAAUUCAGGGUGCAGUUAGAGUUGGGAAUUACUUUGAAUUUGAAAAACGUGCACAAUGGAGAACAAACAUCUAGACCAGAUAUUGGCGACUGUUUGUUGCUUGUCUGCUGCCCGACUGUGAGAUUAAUUGUGCCAUAUCAUCACAGUGUGAAGUAGCAGGGACACUGUAAAAUACACUUCACUAUAUGGUAAGGCACUACAGCUGACUGGCUGACCAUGCUCUUGCCAUCAUACAGCAAAUUCUGACUAUUUUAUCUUAGCGUAGGCAGCAGAAGAAUAAAACUGAGUAUGAGUGUAGAUUCAGAGAUGCGGAAAAUGGGAUUGUCAAAGGUGAAAGCGAGAAAGAAAUAGUCUUACAGAAAAGCAAAUUGAAGCUUUUGCCUUCCCCCCAAAAUGUUAUCUGCAAAAAUUGGGUAGGGGAAGAAGAAGUUCCAUUGUGCAGGCAGAUGUUCUUGCGUGAAUGGAAUGACUUUGUUGGACACAAUCCAGUAUGUGCAUCAGUAUUGCGACUGACUUUGAUUCUUACCUUUCGAAAGCUUGAUUCUUGGGUGUUUCGACUUGGGAAUGAAAUAGAACAAAGUUCUCCCUUUUCAUUUCCUGCUCUCUACAUAUACCACUACAAAUUUUCCACCUUGCCCUUAAGUCCAUAAAUAUGAAAGAAUAUUUUUGUUUCCUUUCUCCCAACACAAUAAACUGAUCAAGUCUUUACAGUGUAAUUUUUUGAAAUUUUUUGAAAUAGUAUGCAAACUAUCCUGGGAACUUAUUAGCACAACAGGAUUUUAUUGCAAUUAUUUUUAUGAUAGCCUUAGCAGCCUUGAAACUGUGUGUGGUAAGGCAGAAUGAAAGCUAAAUCAGAAUGAGAGCCUUUUUGGUCUCUUCACAAUGGGAUACAUUGCUGCUGUAUUACAGCUUAUUUUACCCUGAUUCUUGCAAAUGAAAGACUUGUACCCUCUUGUUUCUUUUAGAACUGUGAUGAAAGGUUUCAGUACAAGUACCAGCUUCGUUCCCACAUGAGCAUCCACAUUGGACACAAGCAGUUUAUGUGUCAGUGGUGUGGUAAAGACUUCAACAUGAAGCAGUACUUCGAUGAGCACAUGAAAACCCACACUGGUAAAGAUGUACUUUUUUUAUUCUAUAAUGUGAAAGUACACUGGACAGGGUUUCCCAAACUUGGGUUUCCAGCUGUUUUAGGACUACAGUUCCCAUCACCUUGUGACGACUGGUCCUUCUAGCUAGGGAUGAUGGGAGUUGUAGUCCAAAAACAGCUGGAGACCCAAGUUUGGGAAACUCUGCACUAGACCAGAAAAGGUCAUACGCAGUCCACAAUAAAGAGAUUCAUCAGCAUGUACCCCUCGGUUUUAUUCAUAACAAUAAUAACAGAACAUGAAAAGAAAAAGACAGGUUCUUGCCCAGUCUAAAAAUUUUAAAGUACAAUGGAGGAAAGUCAAGGGUAAACAACAACCAAACAUAAGGAAACAGAAUUGCACGUGGGGAAAUGCAAAUGGUUAAGAUCCAGGUUUCCCAGAAAAUACAGGUUUAGAGGAGAGUUUUUGUGCUCUGAGAGAAGUUAUGGCCUUAAAGAGCAGCAUCCAGUGUGGAAAGUUAUGGGAGCUGAAGAGCUUUAAGCAUGUGUUUGUGCUGGAAACACAAGGGGAUGGGAAAAGAACAUAGGGAUUUGGGACGAUGUGUUGCAUCGUCUGAAUGAUAGAGGUGAAUGAGUUGUUAGCUAAACAGGAAAGAACUGAGGUUAGUAAAUGGGAGGCCGAAGUGAAAGUUGCAGUGACACAUGGACCCUGUCCGCUUUCAGGGGGAAAGACGGGUUCUGGAACCUUGGAGGGCUGCUGCUAUCCAGAGUGUACUGACAACCAGAUGGUCUGCCUACUUAUAAAGCAGGUUACAUUGAGUGCAGAAAGCAGGAGCCAGUUGUGGUAGGUUGAGAGAAGAGGUGGAUAAGACAGCAAGAAUAGAGUCCGUAUUCCGGGAAUUUGGAGGAAAGAUCUAAAAGAAAAAAUGUGACCAUAGAUAGAAGGGUGGAAUAGGUCAAGAGAGGACUUUUUGUCUUGCUGAUUCAUUUGAACACAAUACAGAAGGAGCUGGAGAAUAGGCUGAUUAUAUUCUGCUGAAAAGGAAGAAUAAUUGGGGAGAUGGCAAACUGAAAUUGGAAGGGAUAGGACCCUGGGGCACAUGGUCGUCUCUGCAAGCAAGACUGCGGUGGAGAAGGUUUAGGGCUGUGUUGAAGGAUGAGGGGUGGAAAGAGUGUUUGGAUAGCUCCCAUUUUAUAUUGAGAGUCAAGGAACUGGAGAAGUGCAGCCUUUGGGUAUGAAAAGUAGAGAAGCAUCAAGGAUUUAAACCAAGUUGGCAUCAUAAGCAUUGCUUAGCUAAGAUCAUUUUUGUGUGAUUUUAAGUCUUGAGUCCUUUAACAUAGCACCUAAUAUAUUCUUCAGCCUUUGACAAGUUUUUGAUUGUAGAUCUGUUUUUCCUACGGUUAAUGAAUAUCUGAUUGAGGUAGGUGGAGAAUGAAUUUCCACCUUCAAUUUUCCAACAGGAGAGAAGCCUUUUAUCUGUGAAAUCUGUGGCAAAAGCUUCACCAGCCGCCCCAACAUGAAGAGACACCGCAGAACUCACACAGGGGAGAAGCCAUAUCCAUGUGACGUGUGCGGCCAGCGGUUCCGCUUUUCCAACAUGCUCAAGGCACACAAGGAGAAGUGCUUCCGUGUUACCAGUCCUGUUAACGUGCCACCAGCUGUCCAGAUCACACUAGCCACAAGCUCUCCUGCCACCACUGUACCUUCCAUUGCGAACACACAGAACGUCCCUGCUCCUACUCCACCAAUCAAUAUGAACCCAGUGAGCACGCUUCCACCCCGCCCCAUUGCCCAUCCAUAUUCUCACCUGCACCUCCACCCCCACCAUCCACAUCACCUCCCUGUCCCUGUGCCCCCCGUCCCUCAUUUACCCCCACCUCCUGCUCUGUUUAAGAGUGAGCCUUUAAAUCAUAGGGGCCAAGGCGAAGACAGUUUUCUACGACACCUAGCGGAGAAAAACAGUUCAGUACAGCACCACUAA